AAAGAGGAAAGGAAUUCGAGAGGGAGAAUGUGGCUGAACUGAGCUGCUGGAGAAGGCAGGCGUCUCCUGGACUAAAGUCCUAGUGGGAAUACAAAAAGCAGGAGAAGAGGAGGUAAGAGGCUGGUGGUCUUUGGGGCACUAGGGUGGGGGACAUGCCCUGAGUGAAAACUCAUAUAAGGGGAAAAGGUGUCUUCUGACUUCAGUUUACCAUCCUGUCCCCUCUGCGCUUGCGGCAUCCUGGAAAUGCCUGCGUGGGCAAGAGAGAAAUACAGUGGUACCUCGGGUUACAUACGCUUCAGGUUACAUACGCUUCAGGUUACAGACUCCGCUAACCCAGAAAUAGUGCUUCAGGUUAAGAACUUUGCUUCAGGAUGAGAACAGAAAUCGUGCUCUGGCGGCGCGGUGGUGGCAGCAGGAGACCCCAUUAGCUAAAGUGGUGCUUCAGGUUAAGAACAGUUUCAGGUUAAGUACGGACCUCCAGAACAAAUUAAGUACUUAACCCGAGGUACCACUGUACAGACCCAGAAGAAGCUUGCGGAUUUGGCAGAAGUUCUCUUGUUUGACUCUGCCAACAAUCUCGCCGUAGGCAAGGGAUUCUGGGAAGCUGUCUGGGCUAGGGAGAUGAUACAGGAAGGCGAAGAGCAGGUGUUUCACGUUCGCUGUGCUUCUAAUUGGUGUUCUGCAUUUUGAGCUGGCUGAAUCCGAUGCAGGUUGCAAAAUGAGGACAAACUCUCACCCUGCCAAUAUACUUCUGCAAUGCUUCCAGCCUAAGGCGGCGAUGUCUUUUUAGCAUAGCACAGCGAUGCCCUGAAGGCUCCCAAAUUAUGAGUGGUGGAGGAACUGUUGCCUGGCCUUGCUUCAUGGAGUGGGGGACCUGUGGCCCUCCAGAUAUUGCUGAACUCCCAUCAUCCCCAGCCAGCACAGCCAAAGGUCUGGGAUGAUGGAAGCUGGAGUCCAGGCACACCUGGAGGACCACGGAUUAGGUGCUCCUCAUCUACACAAAUGAAAGUUCAGGGCUUGGGUUUUCCAGUUUAAAAGGCUAUGAGAGCCACGAGCAUGCAAGCCAAUGUGGGCUUGUUAGUUUUGUCCCUGUUCCUUAGCUGUUUUCAUUGUAAUUGUUGUUGCUUUUUUACAGCGCCUUGUGACAUUUGUGACUGGGUGAUCUCCACAGAAGCCUGUGCCGGGGGGGGGGGACUCAUAAUUUUGCACCCGGGGCCACAGCCCCCCCGCCCCCCAAGCUAUGCCAAGUGUCCAUAUUUUCCAGGGACAUUCCCCGAUUUACAGAAGCCGUCCCAGUUUCUGAUUUCAUCCAAGAAUGUCCCGCUUUUCCUUAGGACGUCUCUAUUUUCACCAGAGAAAUACAGGAGGGUAUGGAGUACAGUGGUAUCUCGGGUUAAGUACUUAAUUCGUUCUGGAGGUCCGUUCUUAACCUGAAACUGUUCUUAACCUGAAGCACCACUUUAGCUAAUGGGGGCCUCCUGCUGCCACCACGCCGCUGGAGCACGAUUUCUGUUCUCAUCCUGAAGCAAAGUUCUUAACCUGAAGCACUAUUUCUGGGUUAGCGGAGUCUGUAACCUGAAGCGUAUGUAACCUGAAGUGUAUGUAACCCAAGGUACCACUGUAAUACAACCCUCAAGCCAAGGAGACAAGUAACUGCAACCUUUAGAAGACAUCUGAAGGCAGCCCUGUAUAGAAAGUUUUUUAAACGUUUAAUGUUUUAUUCUGUUUUUAUAUCUGUUGGAAGCCGCCCGGAGUAGCUGGAGCAACCCAGUCAGAUGGGCGGGGUAUAAAUAAUACAAUUAUUAUUAUGGAACUGGUCAUCGCUAUUGUCAUUUGAGAAAUUUUGGAGUGUAUGGGAUCAUGAGAUCUACUCUGUAUGCUGCUACAUGUGUGUACACUGAGAGUGCAGAACCUCAGGAAUGGAGGCUGAAUGUGGCCCUCAAGGCCUGACUAUCUGGCCCUCAGAACUGCCCCAUUUCCCCCCGGCUGGAAUGUGUCAUUGGAUUCUGAUACUGCCUCUCACUUGUUUGCAUGGAGGAUAGAAAGGGGUGUGAGACUAGGUGUAGAAACUAGCCUGCUGUACAAAGGUAACGUUUACAUUUGCUUCUCAGCCUACUUUUGAGAGCCAGUGUGGUGUAAAGGUUAAGAGCGGUAGACUCGUAAUCUGGUGAACCGGGUUCAUGUCUCCGCUCCUCCACAUGCAGCUGCUGGGUGACCUUGGGCUAUUCACACUUCUCUGAAGUCUCUCAGCCCCACUCACCUCACAGAGUGUUUGUUGUGGGGGAGGAAGGGAAAGGAGAUUGUUAGCCGCUUUGAGACUCCUUAAAGGUAAAGGUAAAGGGACCCCUGACCGUUAGGUCCAGUCAUGAACCUCUGGGGUUGCGGCACUCAUCUCGCUUUAUUGGCCGAGGGAGCCGGCAUACAGCUUCCGGGUCAUGUGGCCAGCAUGACUAAGCCGCUUCUGGCAAACCAGAGCACCGCACGGAAACGCCGUUUACCUUCCCGCUGGAGCAGUACCUAUUUAUCUACUUGCACUUUGAUGUGCUUUCGAACUGCUAGGUUGGCAGGAGCAGGGACCAAACAACGGGAGCUCAUCCCGUCACGGGGAUUUGAACCACCGACCUUCUGAUCGGCAAGUCCUAGGCUCUGUGGUUUAACCCACAGCGCCACCCGUGUCCCUUACUGAGACUCUUUAGGGUUGCGAUAAAGCAGGAUAUCAAAUCCAAACUCCUCCUCCUCCUCCUCCUCCUCCUCCUCCUCCUCCUCUUCUUCUUCUUCUUCUUCUUCUUCUUCUUCUUCUUCUUCUUUUGCCUCUGGCCCCGCCUACCACUGGCAUGUGGCCCUGGGAAAUCUGCCUAGAAAGGAUUGUGGCCCUCAGGCGGAAAAUGGUUCCCCACCAUUGGUAUAGGCUCUUCACCGGAACUUGCUGCAUGUAGGCUACAGAUCAGAUCUUGCAGGAAUUGGUUCAUGGACCUCAAUAACAAUAACCUCUGUUUCACUCUACUCUUCUGCGUCCUCGACCCGCAUUGGCACUUACAGUGUCCAAAUUUAGUUCCGAUAAUUAUCUCUUCGGCUAUGAGCGAUUGACUUUAGGGUGGGAUUGCCUGGUUCAACCAGUCGAUCCAGCCUACUAGUUUGUUCUGGAAUCUGGCCUUAUCAGUGGGCACCUCUAAAAGGUGAAAGGACUUUGCAUCGGUAUGCCUGUGUCUUUGGGGUAGGGAGGGAGGAGGAAUUUGAACCCAUCUGCAUUUGAAGGUGAACCUAAGCUGGGGAGAAAAGUAAAGUAAAGACCUGAUGAAGAGAGCACAGCUGAGGUUAUAUUUUCUGAGAAACCUCUGGAAAAAUAAUCUCUCAAAGGACCUGUUGAUAGCAUUUUACCAUUGUCCUGUCGAGAGUGUAUUAACUUAUGGUCUGUGUGUGGUUUGGGAGCUGCAUGGUCAGGGGAAAAAAAAAUGCUGUCCAGCGUUGUAAAGAUUGCAGAGAGAAUAAUUGGGUGCACGCUUCCUACCUUGGAUCAAAUCUGUGCUUCUAGGUGUCACAAGAAAGCUGCAGAGAUAGUGCAGGAUAGUGCACACCCCGGAAAUGACCUCUUCCAGGUUCUGCCUUCUGGAAGAAGGUGUACAGGGUUAUAAAGACUAAGACCAGCUGCCUGAGAAACAAUUUCUAUCCAAAUGCGAUUUUGGUUUUAAAUGCAGUGUAAGGUAGUAAGGGACGCGGGUGGCGCUGUGGGGUAAACCACACAGCCUAGGGCUUGCUGAACAGAAGGUUGGCGGUUCGAAUCCCUGUGACGGGGUGAGCUCCCAUUGCUCAGUCCCUGUUCCUGCCAACCUAGCAGUUCGAGAGCACAUCAAAGUGCAAGUAGAUAAAUAGGUACCGCUCCGGCGGGAAGGUAAACGGUGUUUCCGUGCGCUGCUCUGGUUUGCCAGAAGCGGCUUAGUCAUGCUGGCCACAUGACCCGGAAGCUGUACGCCGGCUCCCUCAGCCAAUAAAGCGAGAUGAGCACCGCAACCCCAGAGUCGGCCACGACUGGACCUAAUGGUCAGGAGUCCCUUUACCUUUACCUUUAAGGUAGUCUCUAUGGGAGUAUAUUGUAUUUAAUUAUGGGGUAUCAGAGUUUCUAGUGGGUUAACCAGGCUGGGAUAGCUGAGGCAGCAGGCUUGUUGGUUUUUGAAUGUCUGAUGUAGAUUUUUUCAAUUUCAUUGUUCUGUAUGGGACAAUGACAUUAAAGUUUAUCGUAUCGUAUCGAACCUGCCUACUCCACACUUCCCAAUGCGAUGCAAAAACAGAAACACAGCCGUUCUUAAAAAUUCUCAUUUCUCCAAAUUUGGCAAUGCCAAAAUCUAUUUCUGGCCAAGUAAUGUAUGCAACAUUUAAUAUACUAGGUAGGGUGAUGUGUUGGCUAAUGCAUGUAUUGGUGAAAAUGACAUACCCCCAAAUGCAUUAUUUUAGAGGAAACAGAACAUGACGGAUCAGGCCAAUGGUCCCUGUUCUAACAGGGUCCAACUUGAUGACUCUGGGGAACCUGCAAGUGGGACCACUUCCCCAUCUGUGUUCUCAAGCAACUGGUAUUCAGAGGCAUUCCUGACUUCAGCUGCAGAGAUAGAUCAUAGCCAUGAUGGUCAUUGAUAGCCUUCUCCUCCAAGUAUUUGUCCAAUUGCCUUUUAAAGUCAUGCCUCCUGUGGCAGCGAGUUCCGCUGACUAUACGCUGCAUGAAGAAGUACUUUUAUUAUCCUGAAUUUUCCAACAUUCAUAGGAUGUACAUGUUCUCGUGUUAUGAGAAGGGGGGUGGGGUGGGAGGAAUCCUCUACACCUAUUCUGCAUGCCGUGCAUAAUUUUGAAAACUUCUAGUGUGUCACCUCUUACUUAGAGAAAACUAAAAAGUCCCGAAAGCGGCAACUUUUCUUUGCUGAGAAGUUGCUCUGUCCUCUUGAUCCAACUUGACAAUAUCCAAUUUGUGGGGAGGUGACCACAUUCCAGCAUUCCAAAUGCUGUUGCAACGUAGAUUUGUUCAAUGGCAUUAUGAUAGUAGCAGUUUUAUUUAAAAUCCCCUUCCUGAGGAUACAAGCUUUUCACAACUGCUUUGAAAAAAAAAUACAUGCAUUAGGCAAGAUUGCGCAUGACUCGCACUUUCCACCACCCAGGCCCAGCCACAGGAGAAGCUGGAUAACAGGGAGGACCAAGACUGCAUACAGAAAUAAGUAACUCAAGAGAGAUUCACAUUCAAAUGCUUGCGAAUUUUCACGAGUUUCAUUUCCCUCGCCGUUGCUGUGGAAAUAGAGUGGUACCUUGGGUUAAGAACUUAAUUCGUUCCAGAGGUCCGUUCUUAACAUGAAACUGUUCUUAACCUGAGGUACCACUUUAGCUAAGGGGGCCUCCCGCUGCUGCUGCUGCCGCAGCACCACCAGCGCGCAAUUUCUGUUCUCAUCCUGAGGUAAAGUUCUUAACCUGAAGCACUAUUUCUGCGUUAGCAGAGUCUGUAACCUGAAGCGUAUGUAACCUGAAGCAUAUGUAACCCAAGGUACCACUGUACAGUGGUACCUUGGGUUAGGAACUUAAUUCGUUCCAGAGGUCCAUUCUUAAUCUGAAACUGUUCUUAACCUGAGGUACCACUUUAGCUCAUGGGGCCUCCCGCUCCCGCCGCGCCGCAGGAGCACGAUUUCUGUUCUCAUCCUGAGGUAAAGUUCUUAACCCGAGGUACAAUUUCUGGGUUAGCGGAGUCUGUAACCUGAAGCGUCUGUAACCUGAGGUACCACUGUAUGGAGAACUUAACUUCAGAUUUGGGAAGAAAACGAGAAACCCACAAUUGACGGAUUCGCUCACGCCUGGUUGGAGAUGUGAGGCCAGUUUCCUCCUCCAGGUUAAAAAAGGAAGGUGAUCCAGGAUGGGGGCGGCGAAGCAGCAUCUUGUUCCAUUACGGAAUUCCCUGGGCAGCAAAUUUCCCAUCAGCCCUUUUAGUAUAGCUAUUCUGCGGUUCCCCUUCUCCGUCGCCUCCAAGCCGGCUGGUUUCUCCGCAGGUCUCCGUCCAAGAGCAAGCAGCUCUGGCAGCCCCAAAGCACUCGGCUACGACUCGGAGUCGACAGUGUAGUAAUAAUGAGUUUUCUGGGCCUCGGCCAAGGGCCUAAUGGCAUCUGCACCGUGGCGUCUUUAUUGACUGCGAUGAGUGCUGCUGACUUAUAUAUAGGAAUGGCAGGGAAGGCUGGCGGAGGUGAAGAGAGCUGAGCAUUGGGGGAGUUCGGAAGAGGAGAGAGGAGGGCGAGGCUGGAAUUAUGCGAGGCGGGUGGGUUGGGGUGGAAAGGGGCUGGGAUCUUAGCCCUUAAGUUCCUUCCCUGCUCAGUUUAGGUCAUAAGAGCAUUCUCCAUUAGAUGUCAAAAUACUGCCCUUAAUCAUCUUUAGUCCUCACUCAGGCCCCAUAAACCAGCACUGGCAGCAGCAGCAAAGAGUUUUUUUGGAACCAUGAAGACCAAAGCAGAACUGGGGGAUUCUCAGGUUAAAUGGAGUUCUCCAGGCCUCUGUUUCAGCCCUCCAAACUCUCCUCAGGCUGUUACUUUGACAGGCCCUGAUUUAAGCCCUUCUUGCAUAUUUCUGCCUGCCUGGAAUGUGUCCUUGAGCCCAGUUCAUUCCUCUUGCUUCCUUGGAUAGAGGCUCAAGAGGAAUACGUGAGUGCGUGGGGAAGCUAACCCACCGUGCAAAGGAAAAAUUACAUUUGCUGCUCAGCGUGCUUUUGUCUCUGGCCUCAUCCAACUGCUGGCAUGCAGCUCUCGUAAAAAUAUACGGCCUUUGGGCUGAAAAAUGUUCCCCCGCCCUGGAUAACAGCACAAGCGUUUGUGGAAGCAAAUAGUCUAGGGACUAUAUUAAGGGAUUUGAAUGCGCUAUAAACAUGCAACACUAGACUGCGCCAGAGAGCAGGAAAUUCUAAAACACGAUUUUCCAUAGGGAUUUUUUUUCUUUUGUUAAAGCGAUCUAAUUUCUGACUUAUUUAUAGCAUUUUACCCACCUGUGUUUAGAUCCACCCUAGCUUUAACACAUGCAUGAAUGGCUAUUGGGAUUGCGUCAUAUAUCUCUGAGGAAGUGGGCUCAUGCCCACAAAAAAAUGAUGUCGUAAUACAUCACACUUUCUAAGAUUUCAGUCUGUGUUAGGAGGAUUGCUAGUUUGUGCUUUCAGAAAGCGCUUGUUUAGUAUGUAAACCUGGGAGCAGCAUGGGAGCUUUCCAGUGGGUGAGGAACCAAUCCGGCCCCUGCAUUUAUCAUCUGAGGCCCUUCUCACUGUGUUCCCUCCGAGGGAGGGAGGUGCAGAGUGUGUCAACAGAAGAACAUGCCUUCUCAGUGGUGGCUCCUCACUUAUGGAACACUCCCCAAGGAAGCACAUCUGGCACUAUCACUUUAAGGGCCAGGCAAAAAUUUCACCAGGUCUUGGCUCUUAAUUAUCUGUGGCCUCCUUCAGUGAGUGGGAUGCAUUAGUCUUGCGUUUUUACAAAUACAUUUUUAGCUUUUACUCUCUUUUAGUUUUACCUUGGUUUUAAUGUAUGCACUAUUUUUGAGUUACUUUAAAUAAAAAGUGCAAUAAGUAACAAGAACAACCACAUGCCCUCCACCAUGUCUCCGAUGAAAAUAGGGACGUCCUAUUCCAUAAUAAUAAUAAUUUUACUAUUUAAACUUCACACAUCUGACCGGGCUGCCCCAGCCAUUUUGGGCAGCUUCUAACAUAUAGAAAAACAUAAUAAAACAUUUUAAAAAACCCUACCCUAUACAGGACUGCCUUCAGAUGGCUAGGGGUGUGUGUGUCAUAUAACUCCAUACCCUCCAACAUUUCUCCAAUGAAAAUAGAAACGUCCUAAGGAAAAGUGGAACAUUCUGGGAUCAAACCAGAAACCAGGACAGUUUCUGUAACUCUGGGAUUAUUACUGGAAACUAGUUAGAAUUGGAGGGUCAGCAACUAUCUCAGGCCUGGAGACCAAGUGUGACCCUCAGGCCUCUCGAUUUGACCCUCCUCCUUAGCCAACCCCACAUCUCUCCCAGCCCCACUUUUGCUCACCCUCCUUGCAUGUUUUUGCCUGGCUGGAAUGUGUCCUUAAACUCUGAGAAUGCCUUUUGUUUUCCUGGAUAGAUGGAGAAGGGCGUGCGAGUAUGAACAGAAGCUACCCAUGCAAAGAGGCACACAUCCCAGGGCAGGUGGUGUAAUCUUUCUUCUCGGAAGGUUUAGGCUUUGUCACUUUUUGAUUUAAAAGCAGAGUCUUGUAGAAGGACCAGACCUAGGGUGAGAUGUUGAUUUCUCCUCCUGCUGCUGCUGUUGUGAAUCAGCAAGGAAAAGGAGGGGCAGGAAAUAUCACAAUUUCCUCUCUCAUCUCAGGCAGCUUCAGCAGGGAGAGGGGGCUGGGGUCGGAAAACAAGGGGCAAGAGAGUGGGAUGCAAGCGUCUUUGGUGUGAGUUUAAAUAUUAUCAUUAUUUUUUUCCUCAGGAGGGAAGGAGCAGUAGACGCUGCCCCACCACCUACCUGUUUUUUACUCACAACAACCAGCACUGCCUGUCAGUUUCCUCCUCCUCAGGCUGUGUACACACGCCAGAGUGUCAAUGCACAUGUGAGUCACACAUAUCUGAUUUUCCCCACGUGGGCUUUUGGGGAAGUUUGUCCACACAGGACCACUUUCCAUUGAACUCUGUCUUAAUGUUCCAGUCCAUGCAAGUGGGCAAUGCUUGAUGGGUUGUGAUCAGUGCCAGAUAUUACGUAUAAGCUAAACAAGCUAUAGCUUACAGCCCCACUCUCUUGGGGGCCCUAAAAAAAAUUUAAAGGGGAAAAAACCUGGAUGUACAUUUCCAAAAUAUAAGAUAAAACAACAACAUUACUUUGAUAAAAUACCCACAGUGGUACCUCAGGUUAAGAACUUAAUUCGUUCCGGAGGUCCGUUCUUAACCUGAAACUGUUCUUAACCUGAAGCACCACUUUAACCAAUUGGGGCGCUUUGCCGCUGCUGCACGAUUUCUGUUCUCAUCUGAAGCAAAGCUCUUAACCCGAGGUAAUAUUUCUGGGUUAGCGGAGUCUGUAACCUGAAGCGUAUGUAACCUGAAGCGUAUGUCACCCGAGGUACCACUGUACAGUCAUACCUCGGGAUAAAUACGCUUCAGGAUAAGUAUUUUCGGGUUGCGCUCCGCGGCGACCCAGAAGUAACAGAGCGCGUUACUUCUGGGUUUCGCCGCUCGUGCAUGCGCAGACGGUCAAAAUGACGUCACAACCCGCACAUGCACAGACGCGCUGUAGCAGCUUACGUUCUGUUUAGGAUGCAAACGGGGCUCCAGAACAGAUCCCGUUCACAUCCCGAGGUACCACUGUAUUUUGUUAUGUGCAAAUGGGUUUAGAUACCUAUUAGGUCCAUAAAUUACCAUAUAGCAUAUAUUCAACACAAAAACAGCGACAAUUUGUUGUUGACAAAGGACAGCUGGACAUAUAAAGGGCCCCAUUAGCUUCAGUGGCUUAGGGCUUCAUCAAACCUAAAUCCGACCCUGGUUGUGACACCACUUUAUGGCUCCCCCCAAGUCAUUCUGGGGGCUGUGGUGUGUUAAGGGUGCUGAGAGUUAAGAGGCCCCCAUUCCCCUCACAGAGCCUCCAUUCUCUUUGCCAAUUCAUUUCUAGGUUGCUAAUUCAAGAUGCUGACAUUAGGGUUUACUGAGGCCCCAAAUCUCUGGAAAACCAUCUCCUUCCCUACAAACCCUCUAGGUGCCUUCAGAGGCUUGGGGUGGAGGCAGCAGAAGAGGGCAUUCUCUGUUGUUAUAAGGGGGGAAAACUGCUCCUUUUCCCUUAUGGGGUAUCAAAAGGCCCAUACAGAGUCCUUAAGUAGGUUCCCUAUUGGUAGGAGAAAAUAACAGAGACCAACCAGAGUAUAUUGAGAAGCAAAGCAGCUAGUAAGCCUGAUCUUUAUUGCAAUAGAGAAGUACUGUUGCAACAGGGUCCACACUCCCCCCCCCCCCCACAGGAGGGAAGAGAGAACCCAGAACAAUGGUGUGCAAGCCCUUGUAUAGACUUUUGAAAUUGCCUCCCCUGUAGCCCAAGACCACCUCUCUGAAACAUCAUACAUACAUCACAGAAGGAGGUGGUCUAUAGUAGAAAUCCUGUUUGCCCGAAUACCUGAUAAUGGUCACUGAUUGCUUUACCUGGGCAGCCUGACCAUUCUUUUGUGAUGGUAAAUACUUUAAUUCCUGAAUCCAGAUCACAGGCUCACCCUAUCCAUAACAAACACUCCCUUAAGACAAGAUUUGUAAGCAAAAGGCAAUGGGGAGGCUUUCCCAUUUCUUUCCCGCUUGCAGAGAAAUAUUUGAGGUUGAUUUGGGAGAGUCAAAAUGGCUUCAGGAUGGCUCUCCUUUACCAUUUGAGAAACGUGGUUUAUAUGCAUAUGUAUGUGUUUGCCUUGUACAUUUAUGAACAUUUUAUUUAUAUUUGAGACCUUAGAAUUCUUAUAACACUGUGGUGGCCCCUAAGGUGUGGAAUUCCCUCCCCACAGAGCACCUUCUGGCACCUUCAUUACACAAUUUUCGGAGAAUGUUGAAGGUGUAUCUCUUUGCUCUGGCUGUUGGGACCCACCUUAUUUUUGUAAUUGUAUGUUGUUUUGAACUGUAUUUAAUUGUUACAACCUGCCCUGGGACCUUAGGAUGAAGGAUAGGUAAUUAAUAAUAAUAAUAAUAAAAUAAUAAUAAUAAUAAUAAUAAUAAUAAUAAUAAUAAUAAUUCACAAGGGGUCUUAACAAUCAAUCCCUCUUCCCAGGAGCCUAUGGAAAUUGUAGCUCUGGGGGGGGGGGGAAUAGGAGGUCUCCAAACAACUCUCAGCAUCUUUAACUAACAGCACCUCCCAGAAUUCUUUGGGGGAAGCCAUGUCUGCUUAAAGUGGCAUCAUGGUGCUUUAAAUGUAUGGUGUAAAUUAUGCCUCUGUGUUGCUGUGCCCUCCCCUGAAUUUCUACUUGCUCACCCUCCCUGAGUUCUGGAAACCUAUUAUGAGCAUUCACACAGGAAUGUUUACCUGUCUGUGUGUCCAUUUAAGUCAGGCAUAGGCAAACUCGGCCCUCCAGAUGUUUUGUGACUACAAUUCCCAUCAUCCCUGACCACUGGUCCUGUUAGCUAGGGAUGAUGGGAGUUGUAGUCCCAAAACAUCUGGAGGGCCGAGUUUGCCCAUGCCUGAUUAAGUAGGUUUUUUCCUGCCUACCAGGCUUCGUGGAAUCCAGCUACCAAUUAGAAUCAUAGAAUCAUAGAAUCAUAGAGUUGGAAGAGACCACAAGGGCCAUCGAGUCCAACCCCCUGCCAAGCAGGAAACACCAUCAGAGCACUCCUGACAUAUGGUUGUCAAGCCUCUGCUUAAAGACCUCCAAAGAAGGAGACUCCACCACACUCCUUGGCAGCAAAUUCCACUGUCGAACAGCUCUUACUGUCAGGAAGUUCUUCCUAAUGUUUAGGUGGAAUCUUCUUUCUUGUAGUUUGGAUCCAUUGCUCCGUGUCCGCUUCUCUGGAGCAGCAGAAAACAACCUUUCUCCCUCCUCUAUGUGACAUCCUUUUAUAUAUUUGAACAUGGCUAUCAUAUCACCCCUUAACCUCCUCUUCUCCAGGCUAAACAUGCCCAGCUCCCUUAGCCGUUCCUCAUAAGGCAUCGUUUCCAGGCCUUUGACCAUUUUGGUUGCCCUCCUCUGGACACGUUCCAGUUUGUCAGUGUCCUUCUUGAACUGUGGUGCCCAGAACUGGACACAGUACUCCAGGUGAGGUCUGACCAGAGCAGAAUACAGUGGCACUAUUACUUCCCUUGAUCUAGAUGCUAUACUCCUAUUGAUGCAGCCCAGAAUUGCAUUGGCUUUUUAGCUGCCGCGUCACAGUGUUGGCUCAUGUCAAGUUUGUGGUCAACCAAGACUCCUAGAUCCUUUUCACAUGUACUGCUCUCAAGCCAGGUGUCACCCAUCUUGUAUUUGUGCCUCUCAUUUUUUUUGCCCAAGUGCAAUACUUUACAUUUCUCCCUGUUAAAAUUCAUCUUGUUUGUUUUGGCCCAGUUCUCUAAUCUCUAAUCAAUUGGAUGAGGGCAACAUUGUGUGGAUGAACUAAGCAAGAUGCAGACACGAGAUGCAUCAAAUCCACUUCAAAAUACUUCAUGUACACAGUCUUGGUCUCAGGUUUUCCCCUUGUACAACUCAGCAGGGAGGAAGAUGGGGACAAAACUAGAAUUAGUUGGCCCUGCACUUGUGGUUUGUUUUGGCUCUGCCUGUCACAUUCUCGGGCUCCACCUCCCGUUGGCCUCCCAAGUCUUUCCAAUUACAUGUCCCAAUCCAGCAGCCGCUGCCACCACUGGGAGCUGGCUAGGAAUUGUGGUGAUUCCAUACCUUGGCUUGUCAUCAUGUCCUAUUAAGCCCCAGUUCCAGCAUCAUCAGAUGCAAACGAGGGUGACCAGAUGCAAAGGAGGCUUCGGCUCUCUCACAAUAACCUUUCAUUAUCGUGCAGAAGAGGGGAAAUGUGCCAGGUACGGUUUGCCGUAAAGGUCAAAGGUGAGAGAAGCCUGCUUGUACUACAACCCUUAACCGACUCAUAUUCUUGUGUAUGUAUAGGAAGGGCUGAUUUUGUCUCGCUGUGUUUUUUUACAUAGAGUUUCAGGUUUCUAGUUCUCAGAGCUACAAAGAAUGUCCAAGACAAAAAACCCCAUUGUUCCCCCCUUUUAAAAAUUUCUUUCUUUCUUUCUUUCUUUCUUUCUUUCUUUCUUUCUUUCUUUCUUUCUUUUUUAUUGUUUUCAGGGAAGAUUUAUUUAUUUAUUUAUUUAUAGUUUUCAAGUUUAUACAUUUCACUAAUUUUACAAUCAUUUUGACGUUUCAAAACUUGACUUCCCUUCCCCCUGUUUCUGCGGUUCCCUAAAUUUAUUUUUAAUAUCUUCUGCACAUCCAAAUUAACUUAAUUCACUCAUUUAUUCAUCUUCUUUAAAUAUAUACUCUUAUAAAACUGCAGGUGCCAAUAUUUUCAUCUGUUUAUAAUUUAUCUGUAAAUAUUCAAUAAACCAUUUCCAUUCUUUUGUUAAAAAAAGAAAAAGGAAUGUUAUCUGGAUCUCUUAUUCUUCUGGUAAGUUUCACCAUUUCUGCAUGUUCCAUAAAUUUUUGUAUCUAUUCUUCCUUUGCUGGGACUUCUGCUUCUUUCCAUUUUUGGAUAAGUAACAUUCUUGCCACUGUAGUAGCAUACAAUGGUACCUCGGUUUAAGAACAGUCCUGUUUACGAACGAUUCGGUUUAUGAAUUCCACAAAACCGGAAUUAGUGUCCUGGUUUAAGAACUUUACCUCAGUUUAAGAACAGUCCUGUUUACGAACGAUUCGGUUUACGAAUUCCACAAAACCGGAAUUAGUGUCCUGGUUUGAGAACUUUACCUCGGUCUAAGAACGGAAUCCGAAUGGUGGAAUGGCACCGGCGGCGUGAGGCCUCAUUAGGGAAAGCUUGCCUCAGUUUAAGAAUGGUUUUGGUUUAAGAAUGGACUUCUGGAAUGGAUUAAGUUCGUGAACCAAGAUAUGUUCUCAUUUUAGCCUCACAACAGAUUGCGAAAGUGUAACUGAAUCUAACCAUUACAUCCCAACAGCUUCCUGUUGGUGUCACCUCUGUAGAGGGAUGUAACUGUGGUCUUGCAGGGUACUCCUUGCCAUCAGGAUGCUAAGGAAAGUUUCCUCUGUAGAAUUUCUAUUACUAGCAUUAAUUCUUGAAAAAAUAUAUCUAGAAUUUGAAUGGCAGAGCCCUCUAGAUUUGGCAGAGCUCAGAACAGGUCGGGUGGGGGAGGAGGCAGGAAACAGAGACUAACCAUUUAGGGGCAGAUCUGAGGCUGAGAUUUGUUCAAGCUUGAGUGGUGUAGCUCAGUACAAAAUCUGUCUGUUUACCAGCAGUUUUUCUUUUAAAAUUCUUUUUUUCAAAGCAGAAACUGGAUUGUCACUUUAUCAGGGAUGCCGCAAUGGUGGGCUUCCUUCAUCGGCAAUGGCCUGGACCAUAUGAUUUGUGGGUCCCUUUCAUCCCUAACUAGAGAUUUUUAUGUGACUCUAAGCUUGGUGGUAUAUUUCUAGCGACACAUAUAAUAAGAACGCAAGAGCGUAGUCACGCAGAAGUAGUUUGCGUGGCUGCCAACAGGUGGCACUAUGAACCAUCACAGCUUUGCUUCUCCUAGCCCUCUGCUGUGGGGGCCCAAAAAGCUUCAUUGGCCUGAAGUGGUUGGUAUGAGUGAGGGGAGAGGAGGCCCCAAGUGGCGGGUGGUUUGAGCAAGCUAAAAGGGAGGCAGAUGGCAAGGGGGUUGGCCAAGGGAAUGAGCAGGUGUCAACACCUCCCCAAUCUCUGAGGAAUGAGAGACUCCAUGGCUUCCAGGUGCUCACCCAGGUUCAGUUUUCUUGGAAUGAAGGUCAGCGGAUACUGUGAGGUCUUUAGGAUAUAUGUAAAUAGAACCUGAGCAUAAGAUGGAGGGGCUCACAGCAUCAACACCCCAAAAGAUCUUGCUUCCCCAAUAGCUGCAGCUUUAGUUGCAGCACAGAUCAAUUAUGUCUCUGUGUCUCAUGCUUUAAGCUCAGCUCCCCACACACACUGCCUAUUUUUCUUCUAUCUACCCAUCACAUGAGGUUGGGCAGCGUGGGAGAAGGCCCACCUGUUUGUUCUAUGGCACAGAGAAACUCCUUUGGUUAUGCUAGCUCAGGCGUUGGCAACAUUUUUUGAGGCCGGUCCAGUCCAUACCCCGGCAGACCUCUCGGUGGGCCGGAGCAUGUGAACCCAAGCUAUUUCCGGCACACCUCUGGGUUGGAAGAGCGCAGGAAAUAGCGUGUGUGCAUGCGCACGGGCGCUCCUCUGUCCCGGAAGUGUGCGGAAAUAGCAUGUAUGGGUGAGGAGUGCGUGUGCGCACAUGCUAAUUCCGUCUCUCUUCCAACCCAGAAGCUGGUUCCCGCGGUGAAUAAAAAAAUGGUGCCGCGGAAAAAAACACGGAAUCCUCACACUGAUCCAUGGAACGGCCGUGGGUCGGUUCCAGGAAGCUCAUGGGCCGGAACCAGCCUAUGGGCCUUAGGUUGCCGACCUCUGUGCUAACUUAUGGCACUUAACUGUUGUUUAGUCGUUUAGUCGUGUCCGACUCUUCGUGACCCCGUGGACCAGAGCACGCCAGGCACUCCUGUCCUCCACUGCCUCCCGCAGUUUGGUCAGACUCAUGCUGGUCGCUUCCAGAACACCUGGCACUUCGAGAACAUGGCACUUAACUAGCCAGCCACAACCUAUUACAUAGUGAAAAGCACUGGUUGGGUGACCUUGCUCUCAUACCUUCUGCCCUCACAGAAACAGGGCCCCAAGAAGGGACUCAGCACAUCAUCCGGACCAGGGGUCAGCAAACUAUUUCAGCAGGGGGCCACUGUCCCUCAGACCUUGUGGGGGGCCGGACUAUAUUUUGGAAAAAAUAUAUGAACAAAUUCCUAUGCCCCACAAAUAACCCAGAGAUGCAUUUUAAAUAAAAGCACACAUUCUACUCAUGUAAAAACAUGCUGAUUCCUGGACCGUCUGUGGGCCAGAUUUAGAAGGCGAUUGGGCCAGAUCCGGCCCCCAGGCCUUAGUUUGCCUACCCAUGAUCCAGACUGACCCUGCAAACCUACACCAAUACUUUUGUAAGACCAUCAUGGCUAUACCUGGAGUUUUAGAAAGCAAUGAAAGAACAGAGAGACAAAUGAUCAAAUAUGAAAGCCUGGCUGGAGACAAUAUUAAAAAUAACACAAGCCACGGUAAACUGUGUAAGAAAACAGCAGAAGAGAAGAAAGACAGGUUCUAACAUGGGGAAGAGCUUCCUGAUGGUGCCAGCUGUUUGAGGGUGGAACAGUCUGCCUCGAAAGUGGUAGACUCUCCUUUGUUAAGCUGAGGUUGGAGGGCCACUUGCCAAGGGGCUGUGCUAGAUUUCCCUAGCUAUGGACACUGGAGCCCUGCGGAGGGAGAGAGGUGGCAGUAUUCCUUAAAGCAGGCAGAUGUUGAAGGCCCAGCCAGGUUCUUCUGUGAAACGACUGUUUGUUGGUUGUGUAUGGAGAGGGUCCUGUGUUUGGGGAAAUUGAUGGGCCAUCUAAAUGGGACAAAACUGUCUUGCGACUGCGAGGGACAGGAUGACAAGCGUGAAAUGACAUUAGCUGGACAGCUCAUUAGUGGCUCUAAAGCUGUCAGGAAGCUGCCGGUUCCCUCUGGUCUCAUAAGCAGCCUGUUUCAUGCAAAGGUUUAUUAUUAUUAUUUUGCUUUCCUGUUUCUAAGCCUACUUUCCCUUUCUUCUGGCCCCCUUUCUCCUCACCAGCUUCCUGGUGGGAUCCUCGCAAGCACACACAUAUACUACAAAACCCGUUUCAGCAGCUGAAAUAGGCUCCGCUAUCCAGUAUCGGUUUUUCCUUUGUCGCAAAGAGGCAGGCGGAGGAAACAGAUGCUUUUGACGUCUCGGCUCCCAAAGGGGGCUCCAAAAUGAUCAAGAGGACUAGAAUUCCGAGCCGAGAGUAAACAAUGGGAAUUCCGCAGCCGAUUCUGUGACUAAGCUUCUGUUGGGUAAAUGGGUGCAAUUCAAACACUUGAUUUCUUUGAAGUGCUGAAUUGGAAAAGAACAGCUGAGACACUGUGUGACAACUGCGUCAUGAGUUACAUGGCCGUUACGGACAAUACAGCCUCCCUUUUAAGCGUUUUGUCGGAAUUGCUUGGUCUUUGAUGUGGGACAAUGCAGCAAGCUCUAAUGGAUAUUUGUUUGCUCCAAGCCCUUGGGAUGUGAGUCACACCUGCAUUCUAUUUCAGGCGCGGUGAAUGUAGCUUGCGGGCACCAAUCCCUGCUCCUUUCUUUCCCUUGGUCUAGGGCAGAAUCCUUCUCAGCCUGAGAACCAUGUUCCAUCAUGCAGGAUCUUCCAGAGGCUGUACGCCAUUGGUGGGUGGAGCCAGAGGCAAAAGUGGGUGGAGCAAUAGCUGUGUGCAGGAAGCUGCAUUCCAGAGUCAAAAGCCAGAGGUCUCUGCACCUCAGACCUCUCAGCUCUCGAACCGUCGUCCAGAAAAGUGGGAGGUGUUUUAACACAGUUCAAGGACACAUUUCAGCCAGACCCAAACGUUCAAGGAGGGAGUGGAGCAGGACUAAUGUAGCCUGGAGAGGGAGGUAUCCUAGAAAGGGAGAAUGGCCUAGCAAAAAUCUCGAGGGCCAGAGAGAGAGAGAGAUCUGAAUGGCCACAGUCAGGGCCAGCCCACCCAUGAGGCAAGGUGAGGUGACUGCCUCAGGCGGCAAGACCCGCCAGGGAAGCAGAUGCUGAUUGUGAUCUCCACCCGCCCCACGUGCUCCUGAUGUAGAUCUUCCCUCACCCCUUUUUCUUUGGGGGACAGCGGGGUGCCAUUUUGGCAGUCAACAUUUGGGCCUGAGAUUCCCUCCCACCAACCUAAGCCAAACCCUGCUGCCAGGGAAUUGUAAUAAACCCUGUUUAAUAAGCCUGCUUCGUUAAUAACGCCUACACAUGGAGCCUGAAUGAGGAAUCUGGGGUCAGAACAGCACAAGAGAUACUUAUAAGAGGGUGAAGCUGGUUCACCAAGUGGGAAGAGAGUCUUGGAUUUUGUUCAAAAUUAUAAAGCAUCCUCAAUUAAAAUAUGCAAUAAAACAACCAAACAAAAAUAAGGCAGAAUAUAAAGUAGUGCUGAGAAGAAUGUCAGCGUAAUAAUUUUGGCUGGCCUGAUGGAGAAAUCUUUACUCUCCCCCUCUCCUCUACAGGUGCUGCUCUGGGGCGGUGUGUGUGUGUGUGUGUGUGUGUGUGUGUGUUUCUCCCACCCCACAGAGACAAUUGCAGGGAGGGAGAAUUGCUCUAGUCUAGCAGAACUUGUUGCAUUGGUUUGUGGAACUAUUUACUUAAAUAUGGCUCUUCCCAUUAAAACAGGGGGCGGAGGAAUGCAGUUUAAAUGAUAAAACCAUAAGUUCAGUUUAAGGGUGUGCUGGUCUAAACAUGUAUGUCUUCAGGAGCGAGGAGUAAGUGUUAUAAGUCUCCAGUAAAGAGUUGGAUGAACGUGUAAAGUAGGCAUUGGAGGAAAAACCCCUGCUAUGUUUAAAGAAUUUGAAGGGAACAUUUAGAAAGUAAAAGGCUAGGGCUUGUGACAGUUUACUGCUGCGGGUUUUAUGAGGUCCAAAGAUGGAAAAUUAAAACAAAAUCAAGUGCUCUUGUGCAAUGCAGUGUUCUUCAACCUUGGGGCCCCAGAUGAAAAAAGCCUCCAUUUGACAGUGGCAAAGGCAAGAAAACUGAGCUCCUUUGGAUCAAGGUCCUGCAUGGGCCAUAGUGGCUUCCAAGGUGUUGCCAUUUGGAGGUGGGAUUCCAUUGCAUAACAGUAAAUCGAGUUGUGCCACUAAAAAGGAUUUCACACACUUGUGCUACCCUACUUCCCCCCAAAGGUGGGUCACUUCCAGCUGACCUGUUUAUUGAGCAUUCAGCCUGAUUUGUUUGCUGGGAGAUCAGAUGAUGUCAGCUAUUUUAACAAACAUUCAGUCUGUUUUUGGUUCUUUUUGCGGGGAGCUUAGAUGAUGUUGCAUCAAGCAAGUGCUCUCCCACACUUGCCGGUGCAUUUUCUCCUCUCUUUCCUUAUUGCAAGAAGUCCAGUCUUUUAAGAAAGCGGGUUUGUUGCAGCCAGCUUUAAUUGCACAACCUGGAUUUGUCGCUAUGUGAUUGACUCCCACCCACCCGCAGAUUGCGACACUCAGGAAGCACAAUCAGACUUUUUACAGAUAAGGAAAGCAAGGGGGAAACGCACAGGAAAGUGCCGGGUAGCCAGUCCUUGAUGCUUCAUCUUCGAACCUCCCUGCAAACAUAUUUGAAGCAAACAUAUUCAGUGCAUAGCUGCUGGUGUCCAGCCUCUCUGCAAACUUUGUGCAGGGAAAUCUGGAUGAGUGCUGAAUAGAACAGUACACCUGAAAGCAACCCAGGAGGACUGUGCCUGCCCUGGCCAUUGAAUUCCACCCCCUGCCCCUUGGGGAUGAAAGUGUUAAUCUUGCCGGGGAGUUUUUAAUCUCAAGUUCAGAUGGCUGGGCUGUGGGGAGGCAGGCAGACUGACUUCCUGCAGCUGCGUGAGAGAAGUCGGAGCAUGGUGAGUAACGGGAGAGAUUCCAGGCUGCCUGCUCGGAAGAUGGAGCUGCCGGUGGUUGUUGGAGCAGGUAAGAAGCGCCCGCUUCCUCGGCGUUUGGGUACUUUGUGAGGUGGCAGCUGCCUGUUGUGUGUCCAAGGGAGGGAAGGCUGCGCAGGGGAGAGAUGGAAGACGGAAUGGGUUUUUGCAUCUUGCCUUUUUAAAAAAACGUGAUGAUCGAUGGAGAGGCAAGAGGGGGUGGCCAACUAGGCAUGGGAACAGCAAUCCAUCGUUCUUGGGUCUUUCUUCACCUGCACAGAAUGAGGGAGGUGAAUAUUUGUGGCAUGGAGUGAGUCCUGGAUUUUGUGAAAUAGCACUUUCUUAGAGGGAACUGUUCAGAAAUAUAUGCGCUCACCAACGGGAGUGUGUGAGAAGUGUGUGCAUUUAUACUCUACAAAGGAGCACAGCAGAGGUUGACGGAUGCUUAAUUUGUUGUGGCACUUUGACAGUUUAUAUCAAAGCUGAUUGAUUUCCCAAGUGGGCAAGAUUAUCUAAUCUAUCUAUCUAUCUAUCUAUCUAUCUAUCUAUCUAUCUAUCUCUCAUCUAUCUAUAUAUCUAUAUCUAUCUAUCUAUCUAUCUAUCUAUCUCUAAAAUAUUUAUUUCUGUGUGUAAUCAUCCUUGAACUUCAUCCAUCCACCUGAAUCAGUUAUCAUUUUGUAUCCCUAAAAGUCAGAUCUGCCUCAUCUAUCUCAUAUGGGCGACGUGAACAGAUAGACAAGUUUGCUUUCGGGAGAGGUAGCUCUGAAUUCAAAUUCCAGCCCAGCCAACAAAGCUCUCUGCACUCCUAGCUCCACUUUCAUGGGAGUAAGCCCCACUGAAUUUAGCAGGACUUGCUUCUGAGUAGGCAUGGUUAGGAUUUCACCAUAAUCUAUCUUGCAGAGUUGUUGUGAAGCAAAAAUUGAUAGAGCUCAUUAGAGGAAGGUGAGAUAAAAAUAUGGUAGUUCAUGUUGUUGAGGGGAAGAAUACAUAAAAUUUCUAGUAGCCAGCCUCAUGUCUUUUAGUCAGCCAUCUAUCUUCUUCUCUCUUCUCUUCUCUUCUCUUCUCUUCUCUUCUCUUCUCUUCUCUUCUCCUCUCCUCUCCUCUCCUCUCCUCUCCUCUCCUCUCCUCUCCCACCCUUCACACUUUGUUUUAUUUCCAGACAACUUUUUCUGGCUUUUCUAACCACUCUUUCUAUCUGACCAUCUCUGCACUCAUUCACUGAGGAUGUGAAUUCACACGAAUUCCAGCAUGGCUGUUUUGCAUAUUAUUAAUAUAUCACUUGCCAGAGCUCAUAGUUUAGAUGAUGAGAGGUUCUUUCUUUGUUUGUUCCUUUCCUUUCCUUUCCUUUCCUUUCCUUUCCUUUCCUUUCCUUUCGAGGCCACAAUUAUUACAUCCUUGUGUUCAAAACAGUCCUUAAAAUAAUUAAGAAUAAUGGUGGUGGUAGUGAUGAUGAUGGCAAUUACAUUUAUAUCCCACCUCUCAAAGCUCAAGGUGCUAGCCACGGUGCUUCUCAGUCAUAUCGACACCGUAUGUUUAAAGAACAUUUGAAGCACCCAGAUUUCUCCAAAGAAUCCUGGGAACUGUCGUCUAUUCCUCACAGAGCUACAAACCUGAGAAUCCUGGUGUGGCGGUGACUUCCAUUUUUAUCCUCCCAGCAACCCAGUGUGACAAUUCAGGCUGAGAGAGACCCAAUGUCAUCUAAUGAGCUACAUGGCUGAGUGGAGAUUGGAACCUUGGUCUCCCAGGUCCUAGACCGACACUCACCACAGCACCAUACGGACUCAGCAGAUGAUGAUGAUGAUGAUGAUGAUGAUAAAAACAAAAUCCAAAGGCACCCACUUUGGGUCCCCCAGAUGUUGCCAGACUGCAGUUCUCAUAAUCCCCAGCCAAUUUAGCUGAUGGUCAGGUGUAAUGAGAGCUGUAGCCCAAUGACAUAUGUGGUCCUAAGCUGGAAGAAUACUGAUAACUCCGUUGGUAGAGCAUAAGACUCUUUAUCUCAGGGUGGUGGGUUUGAGUUAAACAUUGGGUUAAAAAAAAAUUCCUGCAUUGCAGGGGGUUGGACUAGAUGACCCUCGUGGUCCCUUCCAACUUGACCGUUCUAUGAUUCUAUGACAACAUCUGUCUUUUCAUGAAUACUUAUGCAUGUAGCUAAAGAAACAGACUGUGGAAUUAUAGAGUUGGAGGGGACCUUUUAGGUCAUUUACUCCAACCACUCUGGGGUUCAAUAUAUGAAGUUCAGAGCUAGAGCGCCCCCUACAGGUGUCCCUUCAGUUUCUGCCUGAAGACCUCCAACAAGGUGGAACCUUUGUACCCAUUAUUACUAAGGAGGAAUAACCAAGAUAACAAUUCUCUGGCAUUUUCAGUACUAAAUUUAUAUUUCACAUUUUAGAAUAUUCACUUAAACAGCCUUAACAUAUCAGUGACUUCCCUUCCUCUCUUUCCAUGGUUCAUUUUGCGCAACAUAAAUCCCUGCAUAUUUUAUAUAAACUAAACCCUUCAGUAUUCCAUUAUAACAUCCACCAAAACUUAUUUACGCUGUUGAAUUUAUCUUAAUGCUGCCCACUUUUUCAAAUAUACACCAUUUUCCUAUAUUCAAUAAACAUUACCCAAUCUUCUUUAAAUGUAUGUUCUUCUUGUUCUCUUAUUCUAUAUGUUAGGUCUGCAAGCUGCGUAUAUCCCAUCUCUUUAAGUUGCCAUUCUUCUUUAGUCUGUUCAUUUUCCAUUUUGGGGCUAACAGAACACAAGCAGUACUAUUGAAGUAUUCAGUAUUAAUCUAUAAGUGUGAAUAAGGACCAUUUGUUACCUGUUUUUAAUUUCUUUUCCCAGGGCCUCGGGUUUCUGACUCUCUGCACUGACAAUGCCCGCUUCACCUGACUUAGCUGAGAACAUCGUUUCACAUUGAGAUCAUCCACCCCAGGUUUCAUGCUCACUGCUCAGUUGGAUUUCCCCAUGUCCCCUGUCUGGAUUAAUACACCUGUUUUUUCAACAAUGGAGCUCUGCAGCCUUGAAGUACAAAUGGGUACCCUCAACAGCUGCAGCAAAAGGUGCUGAUUGGCUUUCCCUUACUCACCUUGGGAGGAGUGAGCUCUCCUCCCCUCCAAGGCGGGAGUUUGUGGGAGCAGGAAAGCCAUGCCCUGCCAGCGUCGCCCGCAGUCAACCAGCAGCGACACCCCACGGGAGGACCUCUACUAUCAAACCUAUUACAGCUUGAGCCAACAGUACCCCCUCAUCCUCUUGCUCCUCUUCAUUGUGUUGGGCAUCUGCGUGGCUCUCAUUGUGACAUCCUUUGCCAGUGGCCGGGUAAGCAUGUUUGCAAGGAGAGAGAGAGAGAUGGGGUGUCUAUGGGAGUCAGGACAGAAUAAAUUUGCUCCCAUAAAAGACCACCAAUGGGAUGCUUUUAAAAGAGGAUUAGACAAAUUCAUAGAAGAUGUGGAUAUCAACAGAUCUUGGCUCUAAUUGUUUUGUUGUAUGUCCUUUUUCGGAAGCAUUGUGCUUCUGAAUACCAGUUGCUGGAAACCACAGGAAGGGGAGAGUGUUGUUGCGUUCAGGUCCUGCUUGUGUUGUCCACGGUGAGACUAUGCUGGACUAGCCUGAUCCAGGAGUCCUAUUCUUAGGUUCUAAGAAUUUGGUUAUGGGUGGGAGAGCUUGUGACCCUCCAGAUGUUGUUUCGACUCCCAUCACCCAUGCUGAUGGGUUUUUGGAGCCCAAGAACAUCCAGAGGACUACGCAGGUUCUCCAUCCUUAGAUGAGGUGGUUGGGAGAAUAGUUGAGUUUGGUGGAGGGACCAUAGCUCAACAGCAGAAAGUCCUCAGUUCAGUCCCUGGCACCUCCAGUUCAAAGGAUCUGGCAGCAGGCAAUAAAAAAAGUGGAGUAGAUCUUGGUGGGCAGACUUCAGGCUUGCAAGAUCUGUUUUGGGUCCCUCCAGACAUCCUCUUUAUUUUCCAUGAUUUGUAGUCAUGAUGGCUCCAGGAAGGAUAUAUGUCAUGCUGCUUUAAUUUUUUUUUAUUAAGUUUAUUUUACAACACAUACACACUGAUAAAAAUGCACAAUUAAAAACAAAAAAUGAAAUACAGAUAAAACAUAAUAACAUAUGCAAACUUACACAGGUCAAAUAAUCAACAGAAUAUAUAUAUCAUAUUUCAAUUCUUAUUUUCUUCUAGUUGACUUCUUUCAGCCUAAACACGGUUCUCUUUUUGUUUUUGGUAAACUGUCUCCUUAGUUUAUUAUUACCCCCUUUUCUUUCUAUUUUUAGCUUUUAUACUAUAAUUUAUUUUGCAGAAGUUAGUUGAAACAAAUCCAAGUAUUAAUUUGAGGACACUGCUUUUUCAGGUAUUCUCUAUAUUUUCCCCAUUCUUUUUGAAAUUUUUACUUGGGCUGACCCCUAAUGGCUCCUGUCAAUCUAGCCAAUUCAAUAUACAGUGGACCCUCCAGAUAUGAACGUAAUUCGUUCCGGGGGUCCGUACUUACCCCGAAAAGGCACUAUCCGGAGGCGCCACUUCUGUGCUCAUGCAUGCCUUGAUAGAGCGCUUAUGUGCACAGGGCAAAACCUAGAAGUAUACACUUCUGUGUUUGCCACGUUUGUAACUCAAAAUUACGUUACCCGAAGAUAACAUAACCCAAGGUACUACUGUAGUCAAAUAAUUUAUCUUGCCACACUUUUUUUGUUGCUAUGAUUUCUUUUUUCCAAUUUUUGCCAGUUAGUAUUCUCGCAGCCCCUGUAGCGUAAAGGAAUAUUCUCUUGUUUUCUCUGGCUAUAUCUGUGUCUAAUAUCCCCAAUAAAAAAGCUUCUGUUUUCUUAACAAAGUUUUGUUUAGCUCUUCAUACACCAUGCUGUCAUGCUGCUUUCAGUACCAUUAGUGACUGAAAAAGUUUUGAGACAGACAAACUGCUUUGUUUCCAAUCAGUGCAUGCCCCCAUGACUUCCUGCUGUAAUCCUCUAACUCAGGGGUCAGCAAACUUUUUUCAGCCGGGGGCCGGUCCACUGUCCCUCAGGCCUUGUGGGGGGCCGGACUAUAUUUUGAAGGGGAAAAAAAUGAACAAAUUCCUAUGCCCCACAAAUAACCCAGAGAUGCAUUUUAAAUAAAAGGACACAUUCUACUCAUGAAAAACAUGCUGAUUCCCGGACCAUCCGCGGGCCGGAUUUAGAAGGCGAUUGGGCCGGAUCUGGCCCCCGGGCCUUAGUUUGCCUACCCAUGCUCUAACUUCUCAUAUCACGAAAGAUCGGGAUUGUUGUUGUUUCCAGUUCCACUUUUGUUACACUACGGCUCUCAGCACUCUUAACAUACGGCUUCUUUGAGGAGAAGCCACAUGCUGCUUUAAAUGUGCAAUGUGUUUGGGGCCCUCGUCUCCCAUCAGUGCAUGUCCUGUAACUUUCUGCUGAAAGCUUCCUGGGCUUUGGGGAGGAUUGCGCCAGUCCUCUGACGGAAUGUUGGAGCCCUGCUUCCUCCUUCCUAAAGUUGGGCUGGAUUUGGGAAGGUGGAAGAAGGGCACAAACCGCACACCCAGGGCCGGAUUUAGGUUUGAUGAGGCCCUAAGCUACUGAAGGUAAUGGGGCCCUUUAUAUGUCCAGCUGUCCUUUGUCAACAACAAAUUGUCACUGUUUUUUGUGUCGAAUAGAUACUAUAUGGUAAUUUAUGGACCUAACAGGUAUCCAAAGCCAUUUGCACAUAACAAAAUAUGUAUUUUAUCAAAGUAAUUGUUGAACUGAAAUACAAUUAAGGACAUAGCUGUCAAAGUUUUCCUUUUUUUAAGGGAAAUUCCCUUAUUCCGAAUAGGAUUCCUCUCAAGAAAAGAGAAAAGUUGACAGCUAUGAUUAAGAAGAAGUAUAUUUGGGGGGGGGGCAAGAGAGUGGGGCCCUAAGCUACAGCUUGUUUAGCUUAUACGUAAAUUACCGUAUUUUUCGCUCUAUAAGACGCACCAGACCACAAGACGCACCAGACCACAAGACGCACCUAGUUUUUGGAGGAGGAAAACAAGAAAAAAAAUAUUCUGAAUCUCAGAAGCCAGAACAGCAAGAGGGAUCACUGCGCAGUGAAAGCAGCAAUCCUCUUGCUGUUCUGGCUUCUGGGAUAGCUGCGCAGCCUGCAUUCGCUCCAUAAGACGCACACACAUUUCCCCUUACUUUUUAGGAGGGAAAAAGUGAGUCUUAUAGAGCAAAAAAUACGGUAGGCACUGUGCACACCACUGACCCUGAGAUUAAGAGGAGGAAGCUGACAGGUGCUGCCAAACUCUGGACUGUUUGAAAGUACAGGCAGCUGUGGGAUGGCAGACUGUGGUGAUGGGCACCGUUUCCUUAGCCUCCAUUGAGCUGUAGCACAAAGUCCAAACCGCCAGCUGCACCUCUCUGUUUGCUGCUGCGUUGAACAUACAGAGCUGCAUUAUACUGUGCCUGUGUACUCCCGCAUCUGCCCGGGAAUUCUGUGCUCCAUUCAGAGUCUCUAGCACUGAUGCUUCCCAUCUUGGUGUCCUGACUCUCUGACAGGGGAUGCUGGCCUAAACCUGAGAUUUUUCCUUUUUUGCGUUCAAAGCAUCUGCUCUACUAUUGAGCGCAGUGCCUCCCUAGUGGUAUAACUCGGGCCAAUGCUGCAAACCAGCACAAACGGAAUUGCUCGUUUAAUUCCCCUUUUCUCUCCAGGAUUUCUCCUCCAACCUGGGCUUCCUGAUUACAUUGUUCGUUGCCCUGGCAAUCUUCAGCCUCAUCCUGAUCCUCGUGUGCAUAGAGAGCUUCUUCCAGCAAUGCACACGGAUCUUCUCUGCCAUCAUCUGGACCUGCCUGAUGACCAUGGGCUAUGUCUUUGUCUUCACCGGAGGGGUGGUCAGUGCCUGGGAUCAGGUGAGGGGCUCAGGCUGCAUCCUGAAAAUUAAAAUGAGGAAUAGGAGGAGCCUUCAGAGACCUGAGUGUGGGCUUGAGGGGGCCUCAGCGUAGUGCUCUUUGAACCUAUCCCCGCCUUCUGCAUUGGCAGUCCUUUUCUGAUUGACAUCUGUGUAGAGCUGGGAGCAUGCUGUUAUACCGUAUUGGCCUGAAUAUAAGCCUCACUUUUCCCCCAAAUUCCGUGUGGCUUAAAUUCAUGAAAAUUGGCUUUUACCAUAUCGCUGCUGAAACAGACAUACGGUAAAACGAAAUGGGUGUGAGUGCCUGUGAAAUUUUAAGGGCGCGGCUUAUAUUCAGGUAUUACAAGAAAACCAAAACACCAAACCGGCUUGCAAAUAUAAAGGACAAUUUUACUUAGUUCAGCAAAUUAAAGAGCAACGUGCAUAUCAAAGCCUGGAGAUACUUAUAGACAUACAGUCAACUAACGGCACAACUCUGCCAAUAAUGUAUACAGUGGUACCUCGGGUUAAGAACUUAAUUCGUUCCGGAGGUCCGUUCUUAACCUGAAACUGUUCUUAACCUGAGGUACCACUUUAGCUAAUGGGGCCUCCUGCUGCUGCUGCCGCGCGAUUUCUGUUCUCAUCCUGAAGCAAAGUUCUUAACCCGAGGUACUAUUUCUGGGUAAGCAGAGUAUGUAACCUGAAGCGUCUGUAACCUGAAGUACCACUGUACAAUAAUUGUGUCAUAGCACAGUUGAAACAAGCAAAUCGUUCUACAGUUAGUUAUCUACUGGAAGCGCAAAGUCGUGUAAGGUUGCAAGAAAGGGUUCUUCACAUGGCCAUAUGUAGAGGCAGGGGUCAUGUUCAAAGAACAUCUAGACAGGAAUUGCGCAUCUGGGACUGGGCAACCGGGUGGGGGGAGGGGCGCCGGGUGGAUCUUUGCACCCCGGCGCCGCAUAUGCUUAAGACAGCCCUGCCUCUAUUUGCAGCCCUACUUGUAGAUUGGUGACUGAUAUGGAAGAAACAGAUGGAUAUCAUGUGUGGAAAAACUGGGAGUAGGCAUGUUCUUGACAAUGGGUCUGAGGGGUGCUUGUUCCAAAGUCAGCAUGAACGUGGCAGAAACCGUUUUAGCAGAUUCUGGCCCACGUUGGACCAGUCUGGAUAGUUAGCCUAUCCAGACUUGAUGUUUUCAUCCCCAAGAAAGUUUUUGAGUUUCUGCUGAAAUGAGGUUGCAUUUUAAUGUUGUACCGUAUUUUUCGCUCUAUAAGAUGCACCAGACCACAAGACGCACCUAGUUUUUGGAGGAGGAAAACAAAAAAUAUUCUGAAUCUCAGAAGCCAGAACAGCAAGAGGGAUUGCUGCGCAGUGAAAGCAGCAAUCCCUCUUGCUGUUCUGGCUUCUGGGAUAGCUGCGCAGCCUGCAUUCGCUCCACAAGAUGCACACACAUUCCCCCUUACUUUUUAGGAGGGAAAAAGUGAGUCUUAUAGAGCAAAAAAUACGGUAUUUUAACCUUGUUUUUAAGUUGUAUUCCAAUCAACUUGUUUUAUAUUUGGUGUUAGCCACCCUGAGCCCGGUCUUGGCUGGGGAGGGCGGGGUAUAAAUUAUUAUUAUUAUUAUUAUUAUUAUUACUAUUAUUCCCUGACCCCCGAUUUUCUUUCACAGACUAGUGGAAUUUACACAUUCCUAAUUUCCCUCCUGUCACAAGGAGAACUGAUGCCGUGUUCUUUUCUUCCAAAGGUCUCAUUCUUCCUCUUCAUCAUCUUCACCGUCUACACCAUGUUGCCCGUUGGCAUGAAAGAUGCCGUGGCUGCCGGCUUGGUCUCCUCCCUCUCCCACAUUGUCGUCCUGAGCGUCUACCUCUCUCUGGGGCGCGGCUCGCGCUCGGAGCUAGCGCUGCAGGUAAGUGGGGCCCUGUCACCCAAUCCGUGCUUCACAUCACAAGGCAGGCCACCAAUAUUGUUUUUUCUGGUCUUGGAAGUACUUGCCAAAAACAUAAGAGCAAAUAAAGUGAUUACAGGUGUAAAAACUGGGAAAAGUGAAUUAUCUUACUAGAUAAUUCACUAGAUGACCUAGUGAUAACAGUGGAAUAACCUAAAACUUCACUCCCUAAAGUAAUAGAAAAAAAUCAUAAUUUUGGGGUAGUGGCAGGAUUUAAGCUAAAUAGGAAUAAAACUAAAUUAUUAGUUAAAAACAUGAAGGAAGAAGUAACAACCGAACUAGAACAAAACAUUGAGAUUGAAGUCCAUAAAAAGGUUAAAUAUUUAGGGAUUUGGUUAACAUCAAGAAAUAUAAACCUAUUUAAAAAUAAGUAUGAAAAAAUUUGGCUUGAGGUAAAAAGAAAUUUAGAAAUAUGGAGCAGAAUGAAUCAAUGUUAGGGAAAAUAUUGGCGAUUAAAAUGAAUGUGUUGCCCAAAAUGCUAUUUUUUCCCCAAUCACAUCACAAGGCAGGCCGAUGGGACAUUCCUGGGAAUUCCUGUUGUGUGUGGGGAAAUUCCCUUUGAGGGACUCUCACAGUAAAUUCAGCAUGAGUCUGACCUCAUUCAGUAACGCAUUACCGGACAGAGUCCAACAGAGUCUGUGAGAGCAUUUCCAUUAGCACACACCCUAUAUCGAAAAUGUACAUCUUCUUAGCUGCUUCAUCCUCUAGCCAACCAGCUUCUGCCACCCUGGCAUCUCGCCAUCUCUUCAUCCAAUCACAGUCUUUGAAAUCGCUUAUUCAAUCCAAGCUUUUUGCUGUACAUUCAGUGCCUUCCUUGCACUUUGUCUGGAGUUGCUUUUCACUCUAACAAGCAGCGUUGGGCUCCUCUUAAACCAGAUCUGUGUUCAGGCUGCACUCUUGCGUGGUGACGCUGGCCUUACUGAUAACGGGCCUUGCAGAAUUUCUACCCUGAGGUAUUAUUACAUUUGUAUCCCACAUUUUGUCCAAGGAGCUCUAGGUUGUUGACAUAGUGCUCCCCUUAAACCCCACAACAACCAUGGAAGGUAGGCUAGGCUGAGAGUCAGUACUGGCCCGAGGUCACCCAGGGAGCUUUGUAGCUGAAUGGGGAUUUAAUCCUUGGUCUCCCACAGUCCUAUGGCUCAUCCAGACUUCCUUUUGUGCCAUGCUUUCCAUGUCUAAACAGAGUUGUUGUUGGUUUUUUUUUGGUCCCUGUGCUUUCACUGGGAAAACCCGCAUUUUACGUCUGAUUGUGAUUAAGCAUUGAAAUGUGGGUUUUCCCAGGGACAGCUUUGGGACCAAAUAAAAUAAACACAGAGCUUUAAAGCCCAGAUCCGGGCCUAGAAACAUGGCACAAGAGGAAGUUGGAUGAGCCCUUGUCUGACACGCAAAAAAGUACACCGCACUGGCUUCUCUUUCCACCACUGCACUGUGUCAUGAUCGCCUCCCAGUCUUUCUUCGCCUUACAUCUUCUCUUUUUGCAUGUGCCUCCAGCUCCUGGCCAAUCUAGUCAUCUUUGUCUGCGGGAACCUGGUGGGUGCCUACCAUAAGCACUUGAUGGAGGUGGCCUUGGGGGAGACCUUCCACGAGACCUUCAACCUCAUCCAAUCCCGAGUCAAGCUGGAGUCUGAGAAGAGGCACCAGGUGAGUACGGAGAAUGGCUUUGCGCACAGAAGGUUCCAUUCCAGGUAGAGCAUGGAAAGGAUUCCAGCCCAAAACCUUGGACAGCAGCUGCCAGUCCGUGAAGAUGAGCCUCUCCCAACCUGUGGCCCUCCAGAUACUGCCUGACUACAACUCCCAUCAUCCCUGACCAUAGGCUGUGCUGGCUGGGGCUGAUGGGAUCGUAGUCCAAAACACCUGGAAGGCACCAAGUUGGGGAACAUUGUAGAUAAUAUUGAGCAGGAUGGACCGAAUAUCUGAAAUGGUAGAGUAGCUUCCUAUCAUCCUAUGACCUGGAUCAGGCCCUUCUGGCUUGCAUCCAUUCCGUCAGGCCUUUGAUUUAUGCACAAGAGAGAUAGCAGAGCUUAAACCUUCCUGUAAAGGUUGGGUAUUCUUCUGCCCAUGCACAGAGGAGCUAUUUUCCUCUCCAGUCAUAGACAAAGAAAGGCCCCUUCAAACUCAUUGCACGGGGAACUCCCAGGUUCUGAAACUUGUAAAAAGAGCUCAGCAACAAACCAAUUAAUGUUGAAGGUAGCAUAGCAUUCAUUCAGUCCAGUACUGGAAGGGUACUAUAAACUGACUCUGUUGUUCCUGAUUCCUCCCACCACCACCUUGCUGUGCUGAUCCUCCUAGGAGCAUCUGCUUCUCUCCAUCCUUCCUGCCUACAUUGCCUUGGAAAUGAAGGCCGAAAUCAUCGAGAGGCUCCGGGAUGGAGGCCAGGCCCAGCACCGUCACGAGGGCACCAAUAAUUUCCACAACCUCUACGUCAAGCGCCACGAAAACAUCAGGUACUUGCUUUUGACGCCAUCUGUCAUCUACAAGAUUGCCUGACCUGAUGUAUAUGGAUUAGGGCUGAACAAUUGGGAGCUGGUUGGGUGAAUCCCACUCCAUUGCACGGUUCCACACAACAUCUUUCGUUUCUUUUUUCCUCCCCCUCUUGCAGCAUCCUAUACGCCGACAUUGUUGGUUUCACACUCUUGGCCAGCGAAUGCUCCCCAAAGGAGCUAGUCCUCAUGCUCAACGAACUCUUUGGCAAGUUUGACCAGAUCGCCAAGGUGAGUAAGAGAAUAUCUCCCCUCCAUAAAUACCCUUCCCGUGCCUUAAAAAAGGUUGCUCUCCUUAGAUUGGAGUCGGGGAACCUGAUGUUGUAGGAAUACAACUCCCAUCACCCCUGGUCAUUGGCUGAUGUGAGGUGGAGUCCAGUGACAUGCAGGGAAAUCUUGUACACAAGAAGCUGGCAUAAAAUUAAGUUAAACUGGCAGAAGAGUGUGCUAUAUCCAAACUCCAAUCUGGAGCCGAUCUGCUUUCUGAGCUGGACUAAGCUUUGCAGAGAGAAAACAAGCCUUUAAACAGAGUUAGAAGACUCUUUUUGCAGGCUUAACUUAUACCAGCUUCUCAGGUUACCUGACCCAGGUGAACAGGCUUAGGAUGCAGCCUAAACCCCCCUUUCCAGGAUUUAUGCCAGCCCCCCCCCCAAAUCCUGGGUGGUGCAGUUGUUAAGGGUGCUGGGAUUUGUUAGAAGACCCCCCGCUUCCUAUUCUCCUCCCAGAGCUACAAUUCCCAGAGCAGAUUAACAAUCACAGUGCCUUUCUUCAGGGAAAUUUGGGGAAAUUGUGCUGUGGUGGCCAUAGAAACAUCCUACCCCUCUGUGCAGAAAUGGUACCCUAGCUGAGCAGCCCUAAGCCAGUGAGUCAUGAUGUGUACGUUGCCAAGGAAACCGAGAUGUUGUCUCAGGUGGCAAACUUCAUCCUCAACCCUGUCCCCUCCCAGGAUAACGAGUGCAUGAGAAUCAAGAUCUUGGGCGACUGCUACUACUGCGUCUCUGGGCUGCCUGUGUCGCUGCCCAACCAUGCCCGGAACUGCGUCAAGAUGGGCCUUGACAUGUGCCAGGCCAUCAAGUGAGUGGAGUGGGGGAGGCAGUUGGCAGGUGAAAUGAGAGGGAGGGGGAGGAAAAAUGGGGGGAAGGAUCCCAAGUCAUGAUUGAGGUCUGAGCAGCAGCAACAUUGGUGUGCUCUGGUUUGGUACAUGUGCCAUUCAAGAUCUACAACUCCAUCCUUUAAUGUUAUAUAAGAUAUUGGUGGGACGCGGGUGGCGCUGUGGGUUAAACCACAGAGCCUAGGACUUGCCGAUCAGAAGGUUGGCGGUUCGGACCCCCGUGAUGGGGUGAGCUCCCGUUGCUCAGUCCCUGCUCCUGCCAACCUAGCAGUUCGAAAGCACGUCAGAGUGCAAGUAGAUAAAUAGGUACUGCUGUGGUGGGAAGGUAAACAGCGUUUUCAUGCGCUGCUCUGGUUCGCCAGGAGUGGCUUUGUCAUGCUGGCCACAUGACCCGGAAGCUGUACGCCGGCUCCCUCGGCCAAUAAAGUGAGAUGAGCGCCGCAACCCCAGAGUCGGUCAUGACUGGACCUAAUGGUCAGGGGUCCCUUUACCUUUACCUAACAUAUUGCUAAGCUAUAUUGUAAGCUAUAUAUGUUUAAGGAAGUUUUUAAUAUUUAAUGCUGUAUUGUUUUAAACAUUCGAUUGGCAGCCACCCAGAGUGGCUGCAGACACUCAGCCAGAUGGGUGGGGUGGGUAUGUAUGUAUGUAUGUAUGUAUAAAUAAAUAAAUAAAAUAAUUAAUUUCCACAGAUAAUUCGCCUUUAAAGUCCUGAAUGUCCUGGGCCCAGGUUACUUCAGGGACUGUCUCUCCCAGUAUGAGCCUGCAAUCUCUAGAUCAGUGGUCCCCAGGUUUUUCAGGCCAUAAACUCAUCCCCGGUGCUCCCCUACCCUACCCUACAAAAAUAUAUUAUUUAGAAUAGUGCUUUGCAUGGCCCGCUAAGGAAGAUAGUAACACAAUAGAAUUCAAAACAGUAACAAUGAAUUGCACAUUUAUUCAAAACCCAGUUAAAACUAUUUAGUUUAAUUAAUUCAACAGAAUCAAUGAACUCGAUACAGCGAUACCAGCCAUGACUAAUGGCUAUCUUUCAACAAUUUAGAAUCGUACAUACAAAUGUGACCAAAGGAAAGAGCUCUGGAAGCAACAAGAGCCAUAAAACGUUGCAUAUGAACAGAGGAAGGUGUUUUGCUCUAGCUCUAGCCUGGCCACUCACGAAUAAGAGAUCAAAGCACUUGGAGGGACCUACCUCCAGUGCCCCACUGCCAUUCCUUGCCUCUUAGUGCCCCCUAGGUAAUCCCACCUCCGGGGUGGGGACAAUACCACCCACUUUGAGAACCGUAGCUCUGGAUAAGACUUCUUCAACCUGAUGCCCACUUACUCAUCUCAGAUCUUGUUGGACUCCAACGCCCAUCAGUCCCAGCCAGCAUAGUCAACAGGCAGGGUUUAUGAGAGAUGUAGUCCAGCAACAUAGAAUCAUAGAAUUGUAGAGUUGAAAGGGACCCCAAGGGUCUUCUAUUCCAACCCCCCCCCCCCGCCCAAGGUGGGGCUCAAACUCACAACCCCAAGAUUAAGAGUCUCAUGUUCUACCAACUGAUAUUUAAUUACUCCCUGACUUCUUUUAAAAAAGGCUAGUAGAAUGUUAUGACUUGUUAGGGAUGUGGGUGAGCCUCUUGGGCUUGGUGAUCGGAAGGUCAGCAGUUUGAAUCCCCACAACAGAGUGAGCUCCCGUUGCUCUGCCCCAGCUCCUGCCAACUGAGGUUGAAAGCACGCCAGUGUAGAUAAAUAGGUACUGCUGUGACAGGAAGGUAAAUGGCAUUUCUGUGCACUCUGGCUUAAAUCAAAGUGUUCUGUUGCGCCAGAAGUGGUUUAGUCAUGCUGACCCAUGACCCGGAAAGCUGUCUGCGGACAAACACCAGCUCCCUCAGCCUGAAAGUGAGGUGAGCAUCGCAACCCCAUAGUCAUCUUUGACUGGACUUCACCGUCCAGGGGUCCUUCACCUUUUACAUUUUGAGUUGUUCUUUAGUCAUUUAGUCGUGUCCGACUCUUCAUGACCCCAUGGACCAGAGCACGCCAGGCACUCCUGUCUUCCACUGCCUCCCGCAGUUUGGUCAAACUCAUGCUGGUAGCUUCGAGAAUACUGUCCGAAUCUCGUCCUCUGUCGUCCCCUUCUCCUUGUGCCCUCCAUCUUUCCCAACAUCAGGGUCUUUUCCAGGGAGUCUUCUCUUCUCAUGAGGUGGCCAAAGUAUUGGAGCCUCAGCUUCACGAUCUGUCCUUCCAGUGAGCACUCAGGGCUGAUUUCCUUCAGAAUGAAUAGGUUUGAUCUUCUUGCAGUCCAUGGGACUCUCAAGAGUCUCCUCCAGCACCAUAAUUCAAAAGCAUCAAUUCUUCGGUGAUCAGCCUUCUUUAUGGUCCAGCUCUCACUUCCAUACAUCACUACCGGGAAUACCAUAGCUUUAACUAUACGGACCUUUGUCGGCAAGGUGAUGUCUGACUUGCUAUUUUAAUUUCUGAAAUACAGAGGUGUGUCCCUCCCCCCCUCACUUUUAAUCGCUUCCAUUUAUUUCGUUACUAAUUUGGUUCAGGCAUUUUAAAUAAAAUGCAAACUUAUUUUGUCCUGUUUGUCCUCUCACAAAUAGGAAGCUGCGUGAUGCCACCGGAGUGGACAUCAACAUGAGAGUUGGAGUCCAUUCGGGGAACGUCCUGUGUGGGGUGAUUGGGCUCCAGAAGUGGCAGUACGACGUCUGGUCCGAUGAUGUGACGCUAGCCAAUCACAUGGAAGCAGGAGGUGUGCCAGGGUGAGGGAAGCGACAUGGUGAGAGGGAAUGCUCCCACUUUGGUCCAGAAAAGGCUUUGGUUCUUGGUGUAUGCAGUCCAGGCUGGCCGCUAGUGACCUAGCAAGGAAUCUCAGCAACAACCAAACAAAUCCGGGGUACCUCCGUUUAUGAACUUAAUUCGUUCCGGAGGUCCGUUCUUAACCCGAAACCGUUCUUAACCUGAGGCGUGCUUUCAUUAAUGGGGCCUCCUGCUGCCAUCACGCCGCCGGUGCACGACUUCCGCUCGCAUCCCAGGGCAAAGUUCGCUACCCGGAACACCUACUUCCGGGUUAGCGGAGCUCGUAACCCAAAGCAUUCGUAAGGAGGACGGUACAUAACCCGAGGUUCCACUGUAACUGAUGAUACACUUUUGACUGUGUUGCUAUUUGUGGGACAGAAUGCAGUCUCUACUGCUGCUAUAAUGCUAUCGAGAUACAAUGAAAGUAGUGACCAAGCAGACCCUGGUGUAUUGCGGUAGUUCUAGGGCAGGAGCUAGACCCAGAAUCUUGUCGGUCCCAGGUUGGGACUGGAAGAAUCAAACUCCAAGACAAAGCCAUUUCCCGUACCCGGGGAGAUGAUGUUGCGGGCUGGGAGCAAGCGGGUGGGAUAGCCCCUGCGCCAUUGGUUGGUCCUAGGCCGCGUCAACCCAAGGCUCACCAAUCUGGACGGUCCAGAGGCGUAGCGCGGGAUAUUUAAACUGCCCACGGCCGGGGACAUAUUCCUGCUCGGUCAGUUCUCCUACCCCCCCUCCCUUAGGUUAGGCUCUUUAUCUCCUGACCUUGCUAUGGACUUUGGUUGGUCACCUGUUUUUUUAACAGGGGCCUGGCAGGAAUAUUUUCCACUUGGCAAAUUGGCACCAGCCAUUUAAUUUUUCGCCUACUUCAUAGCAAUUUGUCACAACUUUGUAAAGUUUGGCGGUUAGGCAUUGGAGUAUUAGGUUGAAGGUGAGGGGAGGUAGUGGCCAUCACCUACCCCUCCUAUUUCAAGGGUAUUCCGUUAAAGGAAUCUGAGUGGUGUGGUCCUGUCCAAAGCCCCAGACGGGGAGCUAGGGCCAUGGCACGACCCCUAGUGGUGACCCUGGGGGAGUUCCUAGUUGAUGUGAAUCAGCAGGGCUCCCCCUUCUGGUGGUCAACCCUUCCAAGACUCCUGCAGACGGACAGGAGUCAGAUAUAGUCGAGUGGUUUCCAGUGCCUAAGCCAAUACCACUCACAUUCUGUAACCAAUAAAGCUGUGGCCUUUUUCGCCCAUUAACCUAAAAUACUGUUCCAUUUGUCUUUAUUCCACUUCCCGGUAGGGUUUGGGACCUUGCCACGCAACGAGGGAUCUGGUGGGCUGGAGGUGGCAAAGCUUAGCAGUUUAGGGGCAGAGCCUGGAUGGAAUUGGUAGGUAGCUGUGGGCUUAGUAGAAGAUGUUGGGUUAGGGGUGGAGCCUACUAGGAUAGGGGUGGAGCCUGACUGAAAUUUAUAGGUGGAGCUUAAUGGAAUGUGGUGGUUUGGGGUGGAGCCUGCCUGAAACUGGUGGCUCCACAUCUUGUGAGAAUGUGAUGCGGUGAGUUUCAGGUGGAGACUGCUAGGUUAGGAGCAGAGGCUGGCCAAAAAUGGUGGGUAGAAGUGGAGCUUCGUAGAGAUUGGUGGGUUAAAGGGUAAAGGCUGGGAAAAUCUGGCCUUUGUUGGCUUUUCAGAUCCCAAUACAGGUUCCCUGCCAGAAGAGUAUUUUACUGCUCAGGCUGGGACAAUACUGGCCAGUUGACCACUUUACCGCUAUUUAAUGUUGUAGACAUUGCAAUUAAAUUAGCUAUCAGUUCUCCACCUCCAUUAUAAACUAUAUCCAAAUAAAGGAUUCCAACACAGUGUUCCAAUGCUCCCUUGAAAAAUAAUACCUUUUGUUGCUUCUCAGCGGUUGACUGAAAUAUGUGGGCACUGCUGUUCCCUGGAGGCAGGGAAGAGGAAUUACAUGAAUUUGUGUGUAUUCGUUGACAGUUAUUGCAGUGGCAGAGCAAGCCAAUUGGGCGCCUGGGACGACGCGCAUGCCCUGUGUCCAGGGGUGGGUCCACCUGCCCGCGGAGUGGGGCAAGCCGGGGCAGGAUGCCCCGUGGGGCCUUCAAGGAGUUUGCCUGCCUCCUCCCACACAGCCACCCUACAGCUGAGGGGGAGGCGGCGGGCAGACCAUUUGGGGCAGCUCAAGCCACUGUGUCACUCCCAGGAGAGAUGCGUGGCUCGGGAGGGCUACGGGUUAGUGCCACCUGGUGUUUUGUCACCCCCCUCAGUGGUGACACCUGGGGCAGACUGCCCCCACCGAACCCCUUCCUCUGCCCCUGAGUUAUUGUAUGAUGAACAGUCUGUCCAUUCUGUUGUACAGUGGUACCUCGGGUUACAUACGCUUCAGGUUACAUACGCUUCAGGUUACAGACUCCGCUAAUCCAGAAAUAGUACCUCGGGUUAAGAACUUUGCUUCAGGAUGAGAACAGAAAUCGCGUGGUGGCGGCACGGCAGCAGCGGGAGGUCCCAUUAGCUAAAGUGGUGUUUCAGGUUAAGAACAGUUUCAGGUUAAGAACAGACCUCUAGAAUGAAUUAAGUACAGUGGUACCUCAGGUUACAUACGCUUCAGGUUACAGACUUGGCUAACCCAGAAACAGUGCUUCAGGUUAAGAACUUUGCUUCAGGAUGAGAACAGAAAUUGUGAUCCGGUGGCGUGGCGGCAGCAGGAGGCCCCAUUAGCUAAAGUGGUGCUUCAGGUUAAGAACAGUUUCAGGUUAAGAACGGACCUCCGAAACGAAUUAAGUACUUAACGUGAGGUACCACUGUACUUAACCCGACGUACAGUGGUGCCCUGCAAGACGAAUGCCUCGCAAGACAGAAAACCCGCUAGACGAAAGGGUUUUCCGUUUUCAAUUCGCUUCGCAGGACGAAUUUCCCUAUGGGCUUGCUUCGCAAGACGAAAAUGUCUUGCGAGUCUUGAGAUUUUUUUUCCGCUCCCCCCCCCUUUUUCUAAGCCGCUAAGCCUUUAAUAGCCUUUUAGCAGCUAAUCCGCUAAGCCGCUAAUAGGGUUGCUUCGCAAGACGAAAAAACCGCUAGACGAAGAUACUCGCGGAACGGAUUAAUUUCGUCUUGCGAGGCACCACUGUACCACUGUAUACAUAGUUAGGACUCGAUCUGCCAUCUGGGGUGACCUCUAGUGGUGCAUGCAGGGAAAUGUCCUAAAUGGGGGGAACUGUACCUCUGUGUCCUUGGCUUCCCUCUUCUGUAUCCGUCUACAUUCUCAUCUCUUUUCCCUUUCAGGAGGGUUCAUAUCACGGAGGCCACGUUGCUGCACCUGGGUGGGGCCUACGCUGUGGAGGAAGUUUGUUUCUGGCCACGAGACUCUUACCUGAGGGAGAACAAAAUCAAAACCUUCCUGGUCGUUGACCCCAGGGUGAGGAGAUCUGCUUUGAAACUGGAGGUGGUGCAUCCACUUUUUAGGGGAGAGGGAAAAAAGGAAAAAAGCUUCACCUGGACUUCCUAGUCUGUGAUAGAUAGUUAUCAGCCAGUUUCCAUCACUUCUUGGAAAAGAGAUUGAGAUGGUUGUGGUGGAGCAGCUGCAGGUAUACUUUGGUGAAACUUACUAUCUAGACAAACCUUUCCCAACCUCAGGUCCCCAGAUAUUGUUGGACUACAACUCCCAUCAUCCCUAGCUAGCAGAACCAGUGGGCAGGGAUGAUGGGAGUUGUAGUCCAACAAGGUGGGACCCAUGGUAGAGAAAGGCUGCUGUAAACCCAUAUUAAUCUGAUUUCAAACCUGGUUUUGGAACCCACUCAGUCUUGGUUGCCCUUAUCAAUGAUCUCUAUUAGGAUAAGGAUAUUCAGGGUCUAAUGUUGCUUCUUUUCCUUGAUCUCCCCGCAACUUUUGAUAACAUUGGCCUCGGUAUCCUCCUGGGUUGGCUUUGUGAGAUGUAUGUUCUAGGGCUGCCAUAUGUCCAGGAUUUCCUGGACAUAUCUUGGAUUUGUCCAUCGGAAAUAGCGUUUGGGUGGAAUAUGUGAAAAUCAGUAAAAAUGUCUGGCCACCCAUAUUGGAAGUGUUGAUUUUAUGGUAAAUUUCCUUUACCAUAAAAGCUCAAAAACUUCAAUUAUUUUGGAGAUUUUGCAGAAAAAGCUCAGCAACUUUACCCUCCCCCCCAAAAAAAGCUCAGCACUUUUGAAAUAUGGCAACCCUAUUGGCAGGGGUGUAGCUAGCUGCUCUGGCACCCGGAGCGGUGGGGGCGUGGCGAGCCGCCUAUGGGGGUGCUGUGGCGAACUGUGCAUGGGGGCGCCAGGGCAAUCCGUGCACAGGGGCACCACAGCGAUCCGCCCAGGGGGGCAGCGCUACGAGCUGCCCACAGAGUCCACCUGGUAGACGCAAGCCCCAUGCUGCUAUUUCGGGCAGUGUGGGGCCCCGAGUCGCUGCGUCACUCCCAGGAGAGAUACGUGGCUCGGGCACGCUGCAGGCCAGGCCCCGCGGUAAGUGCCGACCCCUGCAGUGUGCCAUUUUGUCACCCCCCCAUGGAUGAUGCCUGGGGCGAUGCACCCCCCCCACACACCCGCCCUCCUAUGCCCCUGCCUAUUGGUUACACUCUUCCACAGUGGGUUCCACAGAUUGGCUCUGGGGGAAUGCUCAUUGGCCCCUUGGCAUAAAAAUAAAUAAAAUUUAUUUAUACCCCGCCCUCCCUGGCCAGAGCCAGGCUCAGGGCGGCUAACACCAAUAAAAUCACAGUAAAAACAUAAUUGGAGGGGGGGGGAGAGAGAAAAACCCCCAACCCAAUUUAAAAUACAAGUUAAAAUGCAAAUUAAAAUGCAGCCUCAUUUUAAAAGUAGCCAAUAGAUCAAGACCAUAAGGGGAGGGCAACAUAAGGGUCAGACUCAGUCCAAACCAAAGGCCAGGCAGAACAGCUCUUUCUUGCAGGCCCUGUGGAAAGCUGUCAAGUCCCGCAGGGCCCUAGUCUCUUGUGACAGAGCAUUCCACCAAGUCGGGGCCAGUACUGAAAAGGCCCUGGCCCUAGUUGGGACCAAUCUCAGGGCACACUUUUGACCCCAAUGCUAUGUAGCAUCUAUGUCAAGCCGUUGAGAGCUGCCAUUAAGGGAUAUAUGGAUGCCGCUGGCUGGGGUUUGUCACUCAGGAUUUCCACUUGCUCUUCUGGUUCCUGUUGUCUUUAGGCUGAAGAAGAGACCUCCAGUGGCACCCUCUCACCUGCGCCAGGUGAGGGCUACAAGAUGAGGGCUCCAGCGCGGAUGACUCGCUACUUGGAGUCGUGGGGGGCAGCCAAGCCCUUUGCCAACCUCAAACACCUCGACAACCUCCCCGCAGAACCAGCAGGGUUUGUCAGGAGCAACUACUCGGUACGUCCAGCAGGUUGUGCUCAUGUCAAUGCAAGGACAUGUGCUGAGAACCCUCAAGCCCUUUGAGCUGCCCCUUUUCUUUUCUUUUUAUAUAUUUUUAUUAAUUUUUUAACAUAAUUUAUAUGAUAUACAAUUUUUAGACUUCCAUCAACCGCAUCUGAAGAUUUUUCAAUCUUUUUCACUUGAUUUACAUUUCUUAAUUUCUCUAUUACUUUUAAUAAUCUUUAACUAAUAACUCUCUUCAUAAUCUUCCUUGCAAUAUUUCAUAUAGUCCUCCUUACAAAACUGCUUGCAUAAUCUGCUGAUUACAGUUGCUUUUCAAAUAGUUCGCAUAUUUAUUUCAAUCUUUUGAGAAUCUCUGGUCCCGCAGGUUUAGAAUCCUUCCUGUCAUCUUAUCUAAUUCUGCAUAGUCCAUUACUUUCAACUGCCAUUCUUCUUUCAUCGGCAAUUCUUCUUGUUUCCUGAGCUGCCCCCUGUUCAGCUGCCAUGUUUAUUUUGGCAAAAUGGAUUACGGAGAAGCUUCUUCUGCUCUCUCUAGUCCAUCUGAGCUUAUGUGCAAAGGUUCAAAAGCGUGUUUUUAGACAGGAGAGCAGAAAUGAGAUUAUCUUAUCAACCGCACUCACACGUCUUUGAAGCAAGAUACAAAAUGCAGUGCAUGUUAAAAGCUCACAGGUUUCUUACUAUCAUUGUUUCAUUGCAUGCCUAUUCCUUAUUUCCUUGUUUCAUUGCAUGCCAGUGUGGUGUAGUGGUUAAGAGCGGUAGACUCGUAAUCUGGUGAACCAGGUUCGCGUCUCCGCUCCUCCACAUGCAGCUGCUGGGUGACCUUGGACCAAUUACACUUCUCUGAAGUCUCUCAGCCUCACUCACCUCACAGAGUGCUUGUUGUGGGAGAGGAAGGGAAAGGAGAAUGUUAGCCACUUUGAGACUCCUUCGGGUAGUGAUGGAGCGGGAUAUUAAAUUCAAACUCUUCUUCUUCUCCUUUUCUCCAAGAAGCUCAAUGUGGCAUGCAUCGUUCAUCUCCUCCCUGUUUUAUCCUCACAACAGCCUUGUGAGGUAGGUUAGGCUGAGAGUGAGUGAGUGGCCCAAGGUCACCCAGCGAGCUUCAUGGCUGAGUGAGGAUUUGAACCUGUAUCUUUCACAUCCUGGUGCAGCGCUCUAACCACUUGUGGGCCAGGACUGACAGACACAAAGUGCUUGUCUGCUAUUUGCAGUUCUGCAUUCAAGCACAAAAUGUAGGGUUAUCCAGGAAGGGGGUGGGGGAAGGUGUUAGAGUUCACAAGUACAUUUUACAUGGCGUGGGUAUUGAUAGUGCAGGAUAAGAAAACCAUCUCACUGCCGCACAUGAUUUUCGGAAGCAUGUCUUAAAACCACAGUUGCUUUGCUGGAAAUGUCGCUCUUUGGGGAGAAUCCAGGUGCCACCAUUUUCUCUUCUGCGCUUUGAGAAAAAUAGGGAGGAGAAGGUGAACGGCAGAAGUUUCAAAGCACCUUUCCUACGGCCAUUGAGAUCUGGGAUAAAAUAACCUCCUCACCUGCUCACAUGCUUCUGGGAACCUCUGUUUUUUUGGGGGAAGGGCUGUAGCUCAUCUAAAGGGGAGCACAUUCAACCCCUGGCUUCUUCAGGUAGGGCUGGGAGACACUCUUGUCUGAAGCCCUGGGGGAGCGUCUUCCACCCACUGCAGACAAUACUGGGCAAGAUGGACCAAUGGUUUGACUCGGUAUAAGGCGGCUUCCAAAUUCCUAAGUUCCAUUUAAGCACAUAGUGUAAAGAUAGAGCAGGGGGAAGCAGUUGUGUUGCAGAUUCAAGGCGGAAAUGGAAGAGACUUCAACUAGAAACACAAAUUGGACCCAAUGUACCGUAUUGGCCCGAAUAUAAGCCACACUCCCCCCCCCCAUUCUGAUCAUUAACAGUUAAAGUGCGGCUUAUAUUCACGACCAUACGCCGCCAACAAAGCAGCACAGCUCCCCCCCCCCCGCCAAAAGCAGCCUGGGAGCAUGGGGCAACUAUGCCUAGCCUGCCUGCCGCUCCCAAGCCUCCCCAUAGCUGUCAGAACGAAGGGGGCGGAGGGGGGAGCCUGCCGGCAAAGCGGUGCACCCCCCCUCCGAUCAGCUCAGAAGCGCAGGGCAAUGGCGACCAUCCCGUCCGCGGCUCCCAAGCCUCCCCCAAGUCGCCAAAUUUUUAAGGUGCAGCUUAUUUGCCGGUGCGGCUUAUAUUCGGGCCGAUACAGUAUUUGCAGGAAGGGUGGAAAAUGAGGGAGGAGGUGCAUUAGAAGUGUCUUUUUCUAGAUUCUCACAACCCCCCCCCCCCCAAAAAAAAGUCAAAGGCAUCCACAGAAAGCUGUCCGCAGAUCUCUUUCCAGAUUUUCCAAGGACAGGGUUUUCGCAGGAGAAAGUCCAGGACAGCAGCUGUUUCUGGUGAACAUUGUAUGGACAAGGGGGGAUUAAGAGGCACAUGGGGGUAUGCAUUUCACAUUAAGUGGAGGUGUGGAUGGGCCCUUAGUCUUUUUCUUUCUGCUGCUAGAUGCUGCCAGUUGCAUGAGAAUCAGGGCCUAGCUAGAUGCCAUGCCCUAGCCGCAUGAGAGAGCAUCUGCUUUGCUUGUAAAAGGUCCCUCCCCAGCUUUUCCUGGUGGGUCUGGUAAUUUCCCCAGCCUGAAACCCCAGAGAUGCAUUUCCAGUCAGUGUCAAGAACACCAAUCUAGGUGAGCCCCAUAGUCUGACUCAGUAUAAGAUGUCUUCCUGUGUGUGCCAAAUGCAUCAUUAGCAAUGAUGUCAGAGGAAUUUGCAAAUGAGUGGCAAGUGUGGGCGCCCAUCUCCUGCUGCAGGAGGAAGGACCAUGGCUCAGUGGUAGAACAUCUGCUUUGCACAAACAAGGUCCUAGGUUAAAUCCUCAGUGUCCCCAGAUAGAAAUGGGAAGGAUUCCUUGUCUGAAAACCUGGAGAGCUUUUCCCAGUCAGUGUAGACAGUAUUGAGCUAGGUGGUCUGACUUAGUAUAAGGUAGCUUCCUACUUUCCUAAAUACACCCUCAACUAAAGGCAGAACCUUUAGCAGUCCCUCUGUAACAGGCACCCCCAAACUUGGCCCUCCAGAUGUUUUGGGAAACAACUCUCAUCACCCCUAGCUAACAGGAACAGUGGUCAGGGAUGAUGGGAACUGUAGUCCCAGAACAUCUGGAGGGCCAAGUUUGGGGGUGCCUGCUCUAUAAUGCGAAUGUGCUCUAGCUGUGAGAUGAAUAUUGCAGGUUGUCCAUUUGGCAGCACUGUCUAAGGGAGCUUCCAGGCUGUCAUUUCAAUCAUAAACCAUCAAAUUCAGGUUUCCAAAUUAAAGCUGAUCUGGAGGAUUUGCCCCACAAACCUACCCUCCCCCUCCGCAAAAAAAGAGAAAGGAUUGUAUUAUUGUGCAAUAAGGAAAGUGAUAGGAAAAUGCACCGGAAAAUGUGGGAUAAGGUUUGCUUGAUUUAGCAGCCUCUUAUUUCCCUGCAAACAAUUUGCUCAAUAAAUACCGUAUUUAUUGCUCUAUAAGACUCACUUUUUCCCUCCUAAAAAGUAAGGGGAAAUGUGUGUGCGUCUUAUGGGGCGAAUGCAGGCUGCGCAGCUAUCCCAGAAGCCAGAACAGCAAGAGGGAUUUCUGCACAGUGAUCCGUCUUGCUUUUCUGGCUUCUGAGAUUCAGAAUAUUUUUUUUCUUGUUUUCCUCCUACAAAAACUAGGUGCGUCUUAUGGUCUGGUGCGUCUUAUAGAGCGAAAAAUACGGUAUUUGACAUUGUCUAGCUUCCGUGCAAACAAAUUUGGAUGGAAGCUAGGCGAAGAGGCUCCCUGGGAGCAUUCAGGCUCUCGGCUGUGUCCCUACAGUUGAAGGCAACAAGUGUUUCUGUUUUCUUGCAGGAGAUCUCUCUGGGGUCCUUGAACCAGCAGAAGACCUUGGAACGGUAACAAGGGGGGUAUCUUGUUUAGAGGGGGGAGAGGAGGAAGAGGCCAACAAGCAAAUAGAUUACUGAGAAAAGAAUGGGGGGGGGGAGAGGAAGAGAUAGAGCAAAAUGUACAUUGUGUCUGGUGUUAUCACACUGUGGAUUGGAGCCAGGAUGUUGCGGUCUAGCUUCCUUCUGCGGGUGCUGUGAUGUUCUGCAGAUCUGUGGGGCUAGAGUUCUUCCAUGGCUAGAAUUGCAUGUUAAGCCUGUGGUUCCAAUGACUGCAGAGCCACCCUGAGAUGGAAUGGGAGUCUCAUGGAAUCUGCCACAAUUCCUUAGGCUUCUGUUGUCAGCUAGGUAGGUCUCUCAAUGUAUGUGAGCCCUAGAACAAGGCAAGGAUGCUCUGGGGCCACCUAAACCACCCCUUGUCUGCAGUAAGUUUAGUGGCACAGUGGAGGGUACCAGAAUUAAUCUUGGGAGGGGAAGCUGGGUGAACAUCCUGAAUUGACCAGAGACCUCAUGGUGUGUGUGACCAUGCUGGCUGGGGCUGAUGGGCGAUGGAGUCCAGCAAAAUCCAAAGGGUGCCAGAUUGUGGAAGGUUGUGCUAAACGCUUCCUAACUCCUAUUUCCCGUUGAGUUGAGGGGAGGAAUGUUGUUGUUGACUUAAGAUCCCUGCCAGAAGUGGGGCUUGCAAGUUGUGCGGACCAGUGUGCCAUGGUGAUGCCAGGUGAUGGGGGUUGGGAGAAGUGAGGACCUGGCCUACCAGCUGGUAAAAUACCCCCCACUUUCCCAUCUUAGAUGCAGAACAUUGGGAGUCCAGUUGCUUACUCAGUCGUGCCCUCUGCUGUCUGUUUUAUUCUCUCUGUUGUGCUGUUCGGGCAUUUCACGUUGCGUUUCUUUGAUUUCUGUGCGAUUCCUCAAUACCCUGCUCACUCUUUCUCCUCUCCUGGCUGUAUUACAGGGGGCGUGCCCCCAGGAGCCCAGAUGAAGACCUGGAAGGAGUAGACGAGAAGUUCUUUCAGCUCAUCGAACAGCUUAACUCGCAGAAGUGCGUCAAUGAGACUGUGAGAGGGGUGGGGUGGGGAGAGGAAAACGGAGGCACAGGAAAGAAGCAGGGAUAAUUACAAAAUCAGAUGCAACAGAGGAAAGGGCUUCUGCUAGCAUGAAAUAAUGGCACACAAGAGGGCAUUUGGGUGAGUGCAGCUUGUCACGUCAUUGCAUUGCAGGAAUAAGAGGAGCUGCGCCUUCGAAGUUUCUGCUUCCUGCACCACUGCUACAGGAGUCCUGUUUCCUGUUGCAGUGGAUCAUACAUAGCAAGAAAAGCAAAAAAGUACAGAAAAAGAGCAAAGGAAAAGGAGAGGAGGAGAACCUACCGUAUUUUUCGCCCUAUAGGGCGCACUGGCCCAUAGGGUGCACCUAGUUUUUUUUGGGGGGGAUAAAGAAAAAAAAAUUAUUUUCCCCCCAGGCGCGGGGCUGGGGCGGGGGAAGCCUGAGCUUCCCCCGACCCCAGCCCCCAGAACAGGCUGCUAUCCGCAAGCCUGGGGAUCCCGGUGGGAACUCCCGCCGGUCUCCCCCGGCUUGCGGAUAUCUGCCUGAAGCCCGGGGCGUGCUGCUCAGCGCGCCCCAGGCUUCGGGAUGCAGGCUGCUGUCCGCAAGCCUUGGGAGCCCGGCGGGAAGUCGUGCCGGGCUCCCAAGGCUUGUGGAGAGCUUCCUGAAGCCUGGAGAGCGAGAGGGAUCAGUCCGCACUGACCCCUCUCGCUCUCCAGGCUUCAGCGAAAGCCUGCAUUCGCCCCAUAGGACACACACACAUUUCCCCUUCAUUUUUGGAGGGGGAAAAGUGCUUCCUAUGGGGCAAAAAAUACAGUACCUCUUCUCCCCCAAUCACAAACAGUGCUAGGAACCAGUUCGCCUGCUCUUUGUUUUUACUGAGUUUUUGAUAUUUUGUUGGGAGCCUCCCAGAGUGGUUGGGGGAACCCAGUCAGAUGGGCGGCAUAUAAAUGAUAAAAUUAUUUUAUUAUUAAAUCAUUACUAUUGACUGUUUGUCAAGCCCUUUACCUAUCUACUAUCGCAUGAGAUACCCAAUGCCUCCCAUACGCCACAUUCACUACUGUAAAACAACCAUGCCUGUCUCCCUGUUUGACUAUGAGUUUGUGGGUUGCAAGGGAAUCUGGGGCCAAAUCUAAUCUCCAUUUUAAAGAGAGGUAGAUGGGUGGAAGCAGGUGGGAAUGUUGCCCAAGGAAAAAUCUCCCAUUUUUCCCUACACUUCUCCCCUGCAGGCAAUGGAAGGAAUCAGAAGAUUUGAAUCGCAUCACGCUGUACUUCAAGGAAAAAUCCCUUGAGAAGGAGGUAAAGGACUUGGGUGUUUGUUUGUUUGUUGAACGCUCCAAUAUGAAGUCAGGCUCGUCCCUAGAAUUAGGCAGAGUGAGGCCCCAGGUGGCAAAUGUAGAAGGGCAGCAGGGGCAGCCCUCCUUUUGCUUCUUGGUACUGAAAUAAGAUUUGGGAUUCACUCCCGCUAGAUGUAGUGAUGAACGCCAACCUGAACGUCUUUAAAAGAGAAUUAGGCUAAUUCAUGGAGGAUGAGGCUAAGAGUGGCUACUAGCUAUGAUAUGCUCUGCCUCUGCAGAAGGCUGAAAAAGUGGGAUGUAACAUAAGCAGUCAAGUACAACACUUCCUGUUUGCCCUGAGCGGACACACAGGGGGAUGUUACUGCAGCCAGGAGGACUUCCUGUCACACCUGUCUGGAGCAUCCUCCCUCUGCGUGUGACCAGGUAGAUGGGUGUUACCCUGGGUGACCCCAUAAAAGGGCUGGUCACAUGGCCAUCUUCCCUUCUGCUUCUCUUGAUUCUGUUCCCUUUUGAUGAUUUUGCUGUCUGCUGGCCCUCAGCCAGCAGCUCAUGGGCUCAUUUCCCUACAUGGGAUGAACCCACUCUCUUUUCUGUAACUAAAAGCUAAAGUCUGCCUUCAGGGAACCUACUGCGAACUGAAUGUAAGUAAACUUCUUAUCAUUACUUUUUGAGAGGGAACAAAGGGGAUUUACCAGGAAUAAACCCAAUCUGGACGAACCAGAUUGAAUUGCUUAAGUAAAGAGUUUCAGACGAAUCUACCAACUACUGUAGCUUCCUGCAAUAUACUGGGGAAUGUACUCUGCUACUGACUCAUUAGAGUGAGUGAGGAAAGAUAAUAUUUCAUCAAUAUAUCCUCUCCUACUAUCCACAACAUUCCCACAGAAAAUGAUGCACAACAAAGUGGGGAUGUUGUGCAGAGCAGCCCUUGACCUUGUUUUCACAGUUGCUCACCCUGGGUUCUCUCUCUUUGCCUUCUCCAGUAUCGUCUCUCCGCACUCCCAUCUUUUAAUUACUACACGGCCUGCACCUUCCUGGUUUUCCUCUCCAACUUCCUCAUCCAGAUCCUCGUGGUUUACAAGUAAGCAGGAAGAGGGUGAGGAGAGGAUGGGUGGGUGAGUUAUUUAUGUAGGCAGAACUGGACCCCAAAGCAUGUGAAUACUUUGCCUUUUGGGGUUUUACAUAACUGGUUACUUUUUUUAAGGGUUCCCCUAGAUGACCUGUUUAUUGAGCAUGUAUCCUGAUUUGCUUGCACAAAGCUUAUGCAGCGGUUAGACUACUUGGCCCACCAGAUGUCUCUUUUAAUUGUGCAUUCAUGAUGCUCAGGGUGGUAUUGGGGUGGUUAUAUACUGUAUUAUCCAGCUUUCAAUACUUUCUACACCUGCAGAAGUCUGGGGGAAGAGAUACUGUAUUGUUUCAAACUGAUGCAUGCCCCAUAACUUUCUGAAAUCCUGUGUGAUUUUUUUAUCAUAACUGCUCUGGUUUAUUUUUCGUACUGCUUUUUGUUGCACAAGAAUUCCCCUCCAGGCAGCAAAGGCUGGGAAAGCAUUGCAGAACAUUUCACAAAGUGAAAUGAUGUCUGGACCGUCCAGUAUAAAUCCACCGCUUAUGCAUCAAUGACUUGGGGCAACACCCCACCACCCCAGCAGUCUAGAAGGACGCUGCUUUCAAUUAUUAUAGAACAUUCAUUUUGAUUAGUUUGUGGGGGCAGUUAUAAGAUAAUAAGAUUUGCUUGCAGGGUGUUUAAUCAUUCAUCCAUCCCACAGUUUUCAAUGCAUUUCCCAAUCACUUUCCUAACCACAAAAGGUCUGUUUUUAUUUUCAAAGUGGAUUUCUUGGGCUAGGCUGACAGAGCGCUUUAAACCACUUCCACUGCGCAAACCUCUAUUUCCUGGUAUGCGCUUGAAUUCCUCCCCCAAGCGAUAGAGGGGUCUGACUUGGAUUGAGACAGGAAUGCGAUAAGAGGGGGAGAUGCCAUCCUUUGCUCCUGUUGUGCAUGCCUGCCUGGCUGGAAUCCUCCCCCCCCAUGCUUUUUGCAGUGGGAUGAAAAUGGUGUGCAGGCUUUCAGGUUCAGCAGAGCUCUUCUUCUGCUUGAGUGAUAGCUAAUGGUAAACCAAAGCAAACUCCCCAUGAAAGUUGUAGAAUGGAGAUUGUAGAAAAGAGGGUUGGAGGGGAGAUAUUCCCUCUGGGCACAAUGGAAUUCCCCAUCUGUCACUUGUAACGGCCUUAAUUUGGAAAGAAGGAGGUGCUUUCCUUUUUAAGUUGGCCAGCGUACCCAUAAGUGUGUUUACUUGGAUAUUACGUGUGACAGAGAUCUGUGGGUUUUACCUUCUAGUAAGUAUGUUUAGGUGUUCACCCCAAAUUAGAUUAGACCAGGGCUGGGGACCUAUGUGUUUCCAGACAUUGGACUACAACUCCCAUCAUCCUUGGACCGUUGGCUGUGCUUUCUGGAGCUGAUUGAUGGGAGUUGGAGUCCAACAGCAUUUUCUUGGGCUAGACUAUUUGAGGCAAAAAGUUGUCAUGCGGCUGCAAUGAUCAAAGCCUUGCUUGGCUUUUAAAACAUCAAAGCAGGCAGUUCAUUUGAAUCUAGCACUGAAUGGAACCAAGAAUGAGUUUCUAGUCCUCAUAGAGGUACAGAUAAGUCUGGAAAUGGUGAGCAGUGCCUUGUGGGAAAUGACACGCUUGUAGGAUGCUGAGUAUGCCAAGGGGUGCAUACUUUUGUGAAUGGGGUUCAAGAAAGGGGAUUUCUGCUAAACAUUAGAAAGAACUUCCUGACAGCAGGAGCUGUUUAAUAGCAGUGGCAGACAGCUUUGGGAAAUGAUGGACUCUCCCUUGUUAGAAAUUUUUUAAGCAGAGCAUGAAUGGCUACCUAUCAGAGAUGGGGAACCUGUGGCUCAGUCGGUAGAGCAUGAGACUCUUAAUCUCAGGGUUGUGGGUUCAAGGCCCACACUGGGCAAAAGAUUCCUGCAUUGCAGGGGGUUGGACUAGAUGACCCUUGAGGGCUGGGGCUUGGAGGGCAACACUUGGAGGGCAACAGGCUCUCUAUCCCUCCUAACAGCGCACAUCUUGUGUCUGAAAGAUGCUGGAUGAUGUCUUCUGCAUGGUCCAUUCCAGCUCUAUGGGUCUAAUGCCUGGCUCCUUCACAGAAUCAGCAGAAGGGGAACAAAAAGUUUAAAUGAAAAAUGCAUGCCAUGUUUGGUUGCCUUGUCUGCUCUUUCCAUCCAGGACAGAAGCAUUGGGGAUAUCCUAUGGAAUUUCCUUCUUCCUCUUCUUCCUCCUCCUCCUCACCUGUUUUGCAGGCCACUUGGCAGUAAGUCGUGCUGAUUUUACUUCUCAACCAUUGUUAUGUACUGAAGUUCUCACCCUGGGCCAGCAGGGGGAUACUGUAGAUAGUUCAGGUCCACAUAAGGGGAUCGAAAGUGACGUUCAGUGAUUGGAUAGUUACAGAAAGUUACAGUUACGUUGUACUGGAGCUCUAUAUAAGCAGGCUGGCUGAACCCUUCAGUUCAGUUCAGUUCUGGCCUGUGAAUAAACAAGAGGUGUUUGGAGAAUCGCUGUGUUGUCUGAUAUGUUCACCACCAACCUAACACCCAUCAUGCAACUUUCCCAGCCUCCCUAAGGAAUGUGGGAUGCAGCCUUGCACCCAGUCAACCCAUUGGCCCAUCUAGCUCAGUAUCGCUGACACUGGCUGUCAGCAGUUUCAGCUGGGGUGUUUUUCUCUGGAUGGAGGGGAGGGAUAGAUGGAUGCCGGGGAACAAAUCACAGGACCUGAGCUAUGGCCCUUUGCCACUUCUCUCUUUUUUUCCCCGGGCUGUCAGAGCACGGAUAUGAUGAAACAUUGUGGUUGGAGGAUUCCUGGGGCCCUGCUGCUGCUACAAGGAGCUUGGUAGCCCUGCUUGCAGGAGUUAUUUAUAGGGUUGAAGUUUGAAGCUGUGUUGUCCAUGCUAAGAGAGGACACCAUUGAGAGGAAGCAAAAUGGCUUAACCUCAGCUGUUUUCUGCCAGCAGGGUUCUUCGAUCAAAAUUAGCCACUUGUGAAACCAGCAGAGCGGAAGAGAUUUUAAGGUGCAAAAGCGGGGGGUGAGGGACUCCUCUGUUUGCUGCCCACACUGUGCUUUGUGUCACCUGACUGCAGAGUUGGGGAACCUCUUUUUUUUAAAGCCCACCUCCCUAUCCUCUAUCCAGCAGGAGGCGCUACCAGAAUGCAAGGACACAGCCAGGCAAAGCAAUGCAUCUGGUUGGCCACUGCGAGAACAGGAUGCUGCGCUACGUGGGCCCUUGACCCGAUCCAGCAGGCUUUUAUUAUGCCCUUAAUAGAGCUUAUGAAAUCGGCACAACCCAAUUUUGCUUAGGUGGCUCCUAAGAUGCAAUAGAAACUCAUAGCUAUCUGCUUAAGAAUCUAACGUUAGGAGCAAUGAGGGUGGUGAAAUAAGAAAACUGGACCACAGAUGUUCUUGACUCUUUCUUACUCCUUCUUUUGCACCAGAAGUGCUUCCUGAAAGGUCCAAAAUCCUUAUCCUGGGUCCCGUCCAUCUCAGACAGCAUCUGCACCCAGCCGUGGCUGCGAGUCUCUUUGGGCAUCACCACCAUCCUGGUGGUCCUCACCAUGGCUGUGCUGAAUUUGGUAGGAGACAUUUUUGACUCAGUGCUACUCGUGUGUCACCAUCCUGUGCCUCGCCUUAUCCCUUCUAAAGCUCUCCUUCUCUCUCCUUUCCUGGGCGGAUUAUUAGUUCUUCAUGCCAGAGACGUCCUGCUUUUCGAAAGCUCAGAAUUUGAACGCCACACAAGAGUUUGCUCGCUUUAACUCUCUCUUCAGUGUGCCAGUAAGUAUGUAACCCAGGCAUAGGCAAACUGGACCCUCCAAAUGUUCUGAGACUACAAUUCCCAUCAUCCCUGACCACUGGUCCUGUUAGCUAGGGAUGAUGGGAGUUGUAGUCCCAAAACAUCUGGAGGGCCAAGUUUGCCUAAGCCUGAUGUAACCCUUCGGUUGCAAUUGUUUUCCCCAAGCUGUUGCUGAUGAGGUCUAGCCCUCUAUUUUAACCACUUUGUUUUCUACUGCCCUGCUCUCUUCCCCCUCCAGUAUUACAUCUACUGCUGCAUCUUGGGGUUCCUCUCAUGUUCCCUCUUCCUGCACAUGAACUUUGAGCUCAAGCUCACCAUGCUGACCCUCUGCCUCGUCGUCUACAAUGUGCUGUUCCUCCAUACCCACUCGUGGCUCUCCGACUGCUACGUCUCCCGCCUCUACCCCAACCAGACAGCUCUCAGGUAACUAGUCCUCAUGGAACCGGCGGCAACGUCCUGGCAUAAAGGCAGAAACCAAGUGAAGGCUACCCAAGCCAUUUGCAAUGUUAGCGAGGAUCUUUUUUGAGUGAGUGUCAUGGGUGCUGCUCCCUCUGGACUCCAUCUCCCCACCCUCCCCCCAGUAAGAAAUAGAGAAGAAGGGUGCACAGUGCUUUUUUCUGGGGGGGGGGACACAGGGGUACGCAUACCCCUAAACAUUUUGUGAAUCUAAGUUUGGCCUAAUUGAGGGGCAGUGUUUCAAUAUGAGUAGGAAAAUGAGAGUACCCCUAAACAUCUCUCUUUUUUUGAAAAAAGGACUGAGUGUGCAUAUACACUCCAUCUCUCCAAUUGAUCUGGGUUGGUUGCAGCAUGAUCAGUCUGGUUCUUGAUGAAGACAUGAGAGCUGAAAGAGGAAGUGGGGAAUAGAGCCACUCUACCAACUUCCUCCUUCAGCUCUAUGUGCUUUUCAAGGGAGGAAAAAGUCGCCAUCUCAAGGGGCUGUAUGUGGUUGCGUUUAAAAACUUUGCAGGCACCAGGGGAAAGACUUAAAGGCACUAUUGCAUCUGUGGAACCGUCUUGGCAAUGCCUGGUGUAAUUUGUCCAGAAGCAGCCACUCCUGACCCACCCUAAAUAAGAUGACUCGCCCUUGUUCCUGUGAAUCAUGCCUGAGGAGAGUGCUUCUUAAUGUAGCUUCCCAUGGACAUAUUUGGUUCAGAUGUGAGACCUUGAGGAUUAUGGGAGAGGGAUGACCCAAGAGUGAUGUUCACUUCUUCCCCUUCUUCUUCUUCUUUUUAAUCCCCCCCACCUUUAGACCUGGGGUGCUGAAGGAGCCUAAGGUGAUGGGAGCAUUCUCGUUCUUCGUCUUCUUCUUCACCCUCUUGGCUCUGGCCAGGCAGGUAAAUUGGUUUCCUAUCAGCCCUGAAGAAAGCGAGCGUCCAUUUCAAGAAGAGCUCAUUUCUCUGUCCUUCGUAUGUUCUCCACCAUCAUCUAUCUAUACAGCUUACUAUUAACUUUUUUAAAAAAGGAGAUGUGGAGAUCACACACUAUACUGCCAGGCUUCCAAUUGAACAAGACAACAGCAGGAAAGGAAAAUGGAUUGGGAGGGUUGAGGAAGUAAGCAAGCUCACGUUCAAGUUCUUAGCCCAAGCUUUCAAAGACUGGGUGGAAAAGUUCAAGGAGGUUUCCCAGUUGUACUGUUGAGGUGGUCCUUCAUCCCAUCUACCUCCCUUCUCUGCUGCAACCAUAAUGUAAUAACUUAUGCUAGGUAAGAGGGUGGGUUCUGGCUUUCUGGCCCAAAUUGCCUGCAUGUCUUCCAUGGAACAACUUGUGCAUUGCAGAGGAUUGUUUGUGCAUUGUCCUAUAUGGGCUGUGAGGGAUAAGCAAUUUUGCAGAUGAGGGAUGGCGUUACUUAGGUAUUGCAUCCUUCACAACCAUCUGCUGUGGGUUGGGUGCCUGUUUGCUUUGCUGUGCCAUGCAAGAAACCACUGUUUCCUGUGUCGCCUUCUAGGUCAUCUCUCUCUUUCUCUUCUCUCUCUCUCUCUCUCCCCCCCCCCCAUCUCAGCCCCAGCAACUUCCCCUUCUGAUUGUGGUUUGAUUGUUUGCGGUCCAUGCCUAUGCUAGUCAAGCAGGGUUUGACAGCAUUUUUCAUGUGGUAGAAGUGGGAAAGAACAGUGAAGGAGGCCACAUCAGCACUAUGCACUUAAAUCACUAAUAUGCUACUUUAAACACUCAUGGCUCCCCCCAAAGAAUCCUGGGAAUUGUAGAUUUCUAGGGGUGCUGAAAGUUGUUAAGAGACCCCUAAUCUCACAGAGCUAAAUUUCCCAGAGUUCUCAGAGUUCCUAGAGAUAGAUUGUUAGACCACUCUGGAAAUUGUAGCUCUGUGAUUAAUUGUAGCUCUCAGCACCCUUAACAAGCUACAGUUCCCAUGAUUCAUGCAGGGUGUAACAGCAUUUCCGUGUGCUGCUCUGGUUCGCCAGAAGCGGCUUAGUCAUGCUGGCCACAUGACCCGGAAGCUGUACGCCGGCUCCCUCGGCCAAUAAAGCGAGAUGAGCGCCGCAACCCCAGAGUCGGUCCUGACUGGACCUAUUGGUCAGGAGUCCCUUUACCUUUACCUUUAACAGCAUUUUAAAUGGAAGGUCCGGGUAGAGACUCUUAUCUUUCUGCCCAAGGUGUGGUUUUCUCACUUUGCAUAUUUGAUUUGGGAAAGAAGUGCAGCUCAAUGGAAUUACUUUUCUUCAUGUGAUUUAUUUAUUUUUUAGUUGGGGAAGGGUUUUUGCAGCAAGCCAAGAUUCAAUCUCUGAUAUCUUCAUAUGGGACUGGGAAAGGUUUCCAGCCUAGAAUUAUGGUUAGCGGUUGCCAGUCAGGAUUUACAGAACUGAAGUAGAUGGACUGACUAGGAAUAGACAGAGGUUUAGUGGUUUGGUGUCUCAAUAGAGUAUCUCCUAGGAGAACCUUUCAGCCACUGAGAAUAAGUCUUUUCUCCCUUUGUGAUUAUUGGAGCCAAUCAGAGCAAAAGGAGGAGAGGCAGCCACUCAGGAUUGGCUCCUAGGGUCACUCUGGAGGAGGCAUGUAGGAAGCGACUUGUUCUGUAUGCUCCAAAAUUGAGCUUUUGGGAGCUAUGAAAAGACACGGUGCUUCCCUUUCAAGAGAAUGGUGUGCAAGUUCUGGAACUUCAGGGAAAACACAACUUAAAUCACUCCAAAAGAAGAUAAUUGAAUAUGAUAGCCAUCUUCAAAUAUCGAAAGGGCUGUCACCUGGAAGUUGCAGCAAACCUGUUUUCUCAUGCUCCAGAGGAAAGCAUCCGCACCAGUGAAUCCAGAUUACAAAAAGGAGAUCCCGACUAAACAUUAGGAAGAACUUCCUGACAGCCAGAGCUGUUCAAAAGUAGAAUGGGCUACCUUGAAAGGUGGUGGAAUGUGGAUGACCAUCUCUCAAGGUUUCUUUAGUUGUGCUUCCCUUCCAAUUCUAUGAUUCUCUUCUCUUUUGUUGCAUGUGGAGUGUUCCACAUAAUUUCCCCGUGUAUGUGCACAUAUCUAGCUGAAAGGCAACAUGUGAGGAUCUGCGUUGAUUGUUGCAAUGCAUCACAAAUUAUUAUUAUCGUCUCAUUAUGAGAGUAUUGUAUACACCUAGAAGGGUGUGUGUGCCAGUGGGCAUGUCUGUGACUAACUUGAAGGGACACUUCACUUAUGAGUUUGCUGCUACACUCAGGGCCAGCCCACCCAGCGGGCAAGGUGAGCCAACCGCCUCAGGUGGCAGGAUCCACUGGGGCAGCAGAUCUGGCCUCCAAGGAAUGAACUGCUUGCUGCUGCUGCCAUGGUAGAGAUGCCAGAUCUGCUACCUCCUUGGCAGCCCCCAGUGCCAUCUCUACAGCGGCCUCUUGGUGAAUAGAAGACACUGCUGGUCCCCACCUGCCCUUGUUCACGAUGUAUAUCUUCAAUCACCCCUUCUUCCCUGGUGGCAGUGGAGAGGGCGGUGUGUGCCAUUUUGUGGUUCUCCACAGGUGUCAAAAUGUAUAGGGCCAGCCCUGACUACACCACUGGGUACAAGGCAGCUUCCUAUGUUUCUCUGUAGCACUGGGCGAAGUUUCAGGUUUACUCCAUAUUUAAAAGCGAAUCAAGCUGGCACGACUUUUUGCUGAGUGCUGGGAAGCGCAUUGCAUACCUGAAAGAGCAUCUCCACCCCCAUAAUUCAGCCCAGACACUGAGGUCCAGCUCCGAGGGCCUUCUGGCAGUUCUCUCCCUGCAAGAAGCGAAGUUACAGGGAACCAGGCAUAAACACCUGACUUUUAGAAGACAUCUGAAGGCAGCCCUGUUUAGGGAAGUUUUUAAUGUUUGAUGUUUUAAAGGUAAAGGUAAAGGGACCUCUGACAAUUAAGUCCAGUCGCGAAUGACUCUGGGGUUGCGUGCUCAUCUCGCUUUAAAGGCCAAGGGAGUCUGCGUUUGUCCGCUUCCGCAGACAGUUUUUCUGGGUCAUGUGGCCAGCAUGACUAAGCUGCUUCUGGCGGAACCAGAGCAGCACAUGGAAACACCGUUUACCUUCCUGCCAGAGCGGUACCUAUUUAUCUACUUGCACUGUGUGCUUUCGAACUGCUAGGUUGGCAGAAGCUGGGACUGAACAACGGGAGCUCACCCUGUCGUGGGGAUUCGAACCGCCAACCUUUUGAUCAGCAAGCCCAAGAGGCUUAGUGGUUUAACCCACAGCGCCACUCGCAUCCCUAUGUUUUACUGUGUUUUUAAUACUCUGUUGGGAACAGCCCAGACUAGCUGGUGAAACCAAGCUGGACGGGUGGAGUAUUAAUAAUAAAUUAUUAUUAAUAUCAAAGGGGUAUCCUUCAGCUUUCCCCUCCCUUCUUAAUCUCCCUUUGUCUUUCUCUCCCCAUCCCUGUCUCUCAGAACGAAUAUUACUGCCGUCUAGAUUUCCUCUGGAAGAAGAAGUUCAAGGAAGAACGUGAGGAGAUUGAAACCAUGGAGAACCUCAACCGUGUCUUGCUGGAGAAUGUGCUUCCCGCUGACGUAGCUCAGCAGUUCAUUCGCCAGAACCGGCGCAAUGAGGUGAGUCUUGAAGCUUGAUGGCCAAAGACCCAAGGGGAGACGACUUGUGAAAGGAGGUCUUACUAAAGAGCCCACUCUGGGAGAAGAAAUAAAGGGGUGUCUAAGCCAAAGACCAGAAAUGCUUUGGUACUGAACCAGUCCAAUCCAAAGGGACUUCUGAGAAAAUCAGUGGAAGUAAUAACCCUCUUUGCUGUACGAGUGACUAGGUUGCAGUGCUUAUCACUGCAUUUCAAGAGGAGGUCCACGAAAAUUUAAUAUUUAGGUCAACUGCAAACUUACAUAGAAACUCUGCAUAACCUCAAAAAAAUCACUCUGCAGUCCAAAACUUCAGACUAGGUCCUGAACAAAUCAAAAAUGAAAUGUAAAUAUUAUUUUCCUGAAGAUAAUAAAUGAGGUGAGGACCCAACUGCAGUUUGUUUGUUUGUUUAUUUAGUUGGCAAGAUUUAAGUGUCACUGUAUCAAAAAAAACUAUGUGGUUUGCAUGAAAUAGUUUAGAACAGUCAUUUAAAAAUAGCUUUUGGUUGUCACUAGAAUGACAGUAACACAGAUGGUCUUUUCCAUUGAGAAUUGAACUGGCAAAAUUGUAUCUGGCAUUGAUGGAGAAGCUGACUCAUAAUGCAAGCAGGCACGUAUGGAAAUGUGUGGUUUCCAUUUCUGACUUAAAAAAAGAUUCUACCUCUGAAGCUUUAAAACCCUCUGCUUCAUAUGCUGGUUUUUUGAAGAGACUCUGUGAACUGACAUGACUUGUUCCUCUUUUUCUUUUCAUGAAUUCUGUAUACAGAUAUGAUAUAUAAUCUCUGUACUUGUAUGAUUUUCUUUCUUUCUUUCUUUCUUUCUUUCUUUCUUUCUUUCUUUCUUUCUUUCUUUCCAAUUUCAUUGAAAAACUAUAGAGACAGAUCUAUAGAUACAGAUAUAAUAAAUUAUAUAGUGAAAUACAGAAUCUCACAAUAAAUCUGAUUUCAGAAUUCCAUUAAGCCAAAGCAUUUUGUCAGAUGGCCUUCAAUGUAUUCAAUGCAAUAUUUAUUUUAUGCGGUAAGGAUUCACGUAUUCUGUAUGUUGCCCCCUGUUCCCUCCCACUACCCACCCUAGAGGAAAGAGCUGGUUAUUUAUAAGGUUGCUUGAGACCACUACCAUGCCCAAAUGCUGGAGCAGUGGCUAGAGUGUAGGACUCGGGAGACGAAGGCCGAAGCCUCCACUCUAGGGCCAGUCACUUAGUCUGACCUACCUCACAGGGCUGUUGAGAGGAUAAAAUGGAGAGAGAGGGGAGAAUUAUGUUUUGUGCACCACCAUGAGCUCCUUGAAGGAAAAGUGGCAUAGAAAAGGAAUGUAUAAAUGAAGAGAUUGGGUGGGUGGGGAAUUUGCCUCCAUGUCAUUAAUUUUUAAGGGUUGUCCUGCCUGCUGAGGUCUGAUAAUGCCCUUCACCCCACCUUUCUCCCCUAGCAGGAUCUUUACCACCAGUCUUAUGACUGCGUCUGUGUCCUCUUCGCCUCCAUCCCAGACUUCAAAGAAUUUUACUCUGAAUCGAAUGUAAACCAUGAAGGACUCGAAUGCCUUCGGCUACUCAACGAGAUCAUUGCCGACUUUGAUGAGGUAUCAGGAGUUCUAGUCUUUAUUUAAAUGUUGUUGUUAUUGUUGCUUGAACAGCUUUUCUUUUCUAAAUUUUUUUGUUUGAUUUUACAAGUGUAGAGUUAUAACAAUAUAAAACAGGUUUCCUAUAUAGAGAUUACUCUGAAUCUCUGGGCUUCCCACCUUCCCCUCCAUGGGUCCUAUUGUCAACUUUUUCAACUGCAUAUUCUCCAGUAAUCCAUAUUUUAUGCCUCUUUAUUUUGUCCAUAAUAUUUGCUACAUUACAAGUGUUAUUGCAAUCCUGCUAAUGUUUUCAUCUGCUAACAGUGGUCUCCCAGGUAAAUUAUAUUCUGCUUGCCCCUUCCACUUCCUAGCUAUCAUAAUUCAUGCAGCUGUCAAUAAAUUUGUGAGCAAGUCCUUCAUAGCCUGCUAACCCUCCACCCCAUGUAAAUUGAUAAUAAUGUUACCUCUGGACUUUUGGUCAGCUUUAACCCAGUGAUUUCUGUUAUCUCCUUAAACACCCUUUGCCAAUUUUUUUUUAUAUAUUUACAGCCCCACCACAUGUGAACAUAAUUCCCUGUUUCCUGGCAUCUCCUCCAACAUAACACUGAAUAUCCCUUGUUUAUUUGAUUUAAUCUGACUGGUGUUAAAUACCAUAUCCAAACUAAUUUAUAAUGAUUUUCUUUUAUUCUUAUAGACAACAUUUUCAACGUAUGUUUCUCCCAUAUGAGAAAAACACAUUUUAAGACAGUGGGAUGUGGGAAUAUGCUCUAAGUGACCUAAGCAUCACAACAUUGCCAUUCUCUUCUCCCUCCUUUACAUCCUAUGGUGUGGAUGUGAUCACAGACAAAAUUCUGGACUAGAUGGAACAGUCUUCCCCAACCUGAUGUCCUCCAGAUACUGUCAAACUGCAGCUCCCAUCAGCUCCAACCAUCAGGGCUUAUAUGCUGCCUAUACGCCAAAAUGAUAUCUGAUUGUAGAAGUUGAUGGGAGCUGACAUCCAAAAUGCCCAGGGGAAAAGCUUGCUAGGGGAGAUUGAGAAAGACUUUUGAUGUGAUCCAACAAGAUGUUGAGAUGCCUCCCACCUGCCUGGAAGUGGGUGCCUAUGUUUCCACAGUAAAAACAAGAGUUUCAUGGCCAACCACAAAAGUUACAGACUUUCUGUUGACAAAAAGGAUGUGCCACUCGAUAAGCAACUUUUGGGAAUAGGAUAAAAAUAUGUGUUGAAGUGCCAAAUAAUUUUAGUCCUGUUGUGGGAUAAUUCUUAUAUUGGUUGCCUUUGUCAUACAACCUGCAUAUAUUUAAAAAUAACACUUCUUCUUUUUUUCUUUUAAAGAGGAAAUCUAAAAGUUCCCCUUUCUCUCCCAUAUAUUAUGUUUUUAUCAGCAUUGCUGGAAAGAUGAUGAGAAUGGUUAGGAGACCCCUCCCAGAGUUAUAAUUCCAAGUGCCCAUCACAAACUACCCUAACCCUGAAUUCUUUGGAAGAAAUCCAUGACUACUAAAGUGGUAUAAAAGUGUUUCAAAUAAUGCAACCUGCUUUACUGCUUUUUGCCACUUCUGCUACAUUAAAAAAACGCCGUCAGCCGCAGAGGAUGAACAUUUGUAGGAACUGCAAACAUCCUAUCAAUUCCCUUUUCCCUAUGGCCAUUGCUCUGAUCUAAAUCCCCCCACACCCUGCCCCUCCGCCAAGUGAAGUGUUUUGCAGUAAACAAGUAGUCUGGGUCACCAGGAGUGGAACAGAUGAGGAGAGGAGAGAGCUGAACCACCUCUCAUUCACACUUUCCCACCUGAAUCCCUUUGAAUCACCUAAGUGACUUACUGUAAGCAGCAUAAAGUUGUCCCUUUCCUCAGGGUCACUCCCAACACUACAAUUCUAUGAUUCUUUCACAGGAUUGAAGGUGUGGAUGCUACAUUCUGGACUAGAUAGAGAAGAUUUUUCCAACUUGGUGUCCUCCAGAUAUUGUUUUCUGCAUUAGCACACAUUAGCCCCAGCCAUCAUAGCCAAGGGUCAGGGCUUAUAUCCUGCUUUUACGCCCAAAUGCCUUCUGAUGACAGGAGUUGAUAGGAGUUGCCAUCCAAAAUGUCUGAGGGGAAACCGUGUUGGCAAAGGCUGUUGCGAUCCAACAGGAAUGUUCUCGUUGAUAACCAUUGAAACAAGCCUUCUUCCUGUCUCUCUUUCAACAGCUCCUCCUGAAGCCCAAAUUCAGUGGGGUGGAGAAGAUUAAGACCAUCGGCAGCACUUACAUGGCAGCCACUGGCUUAAAUGUGGUGGCUGGACAGGAUAACCAACAGGUGAGGCCCUCCUUUCUUUGGCAUGACUCUUUUGUUCACAAAUCUGCCUGUGGCACCCUGAUCCCAUACUCCUCAACCCAGUCAGAUUGGAGGUGGGGUGGGGUACAAAUAUAACAACAACAACCUGUCCUGGUAACUGGGACAUCCCAUUUUUUCAUACAACAGCAUGGCGGCCAUUUUGGGGCACUGUGCUCUCAUGCAAGAGCAUGGUCCCAAAGAAAGCACAUCUUGGGGGCCACAAUCUUGCAGGGGUCAUGUGACUCACAUAGGAGCGCACCCCUCCAGAAGAUGUGCAUCCCGGUUUUUCACACUUCCAGGUUGGAGGGUAUGUGAUUCCAUGGGGUGGCUUUGCAAGACCACUUACACUCGUGUUAACUAUGUGCACCACGGGUCACCAGUGUAGCUCUCAUGAACCCAGUAGUGCCAUUGAGGUUGCCCUCCAAUGCACAUGAACCCUCCCCUGCUCUUUAGUUAUGAAGUUGUGAGGGUAGUUACCUCUUUGUCCCUUGAUAGGUACAUCGUAGUGCUGAAGGAGGAACUUGGAAGGCUGACAUUCUUUCCCAUUGCCUCUCUGAGCUCCAUGUGCUUUUCAAGACAUAUUACAGUGGUACCUCGGGUUACAUAUGCUUCAGGUUACAGAUGCUUCAGGUUACAGACUCCGCUAACCCAGAAAUAGUACCUCGGGUUAAAAACUUUGCUUCAGGAUGAGAACAGAAAUCGUGCUCCGGCGGGACAGCGGUGGUGGAAGGCCCCAUUAGCUAAAGUGGUGCUUCAGGUUAAGAACAGUUUCAGGUUAAGAACGGACCUUUGGAACGAAUUAGGUACUUAACCCGAGUUACCACUGUAAUUCUGUUGGAUAUGGAAUCUGUUGGAUAGAAUCAAAGAAUCGUAGAAUUUGUGGGAAUUUAGCAGAGUUAAACAAUCCCCUUUAUAAGUUUAUGCAGCGAUCAGCUUGCUGCUGACUCCUCUUAGUUCUACGAAUAAAGAUGCCUUCCUGGUUAAAAAUCCCUUUGAAUCCCUCUUGAAGAAUACACACACGAAUCUGAUUCAUGUUAAUAUAAAACUAUUUUACUCUCAGAGUCAUUCAGGUUUACAGAACUGUACCUGAAGGCAGGCUUAGGUUACAUAACAAGCAAAUAAAACUAUACCAGAGGGAAGUUGGUCCUGAGGUGACUGCAACGGAGCAGUUAUCUUUCAAAACUACCAUCAACUGACAAACUGGUUGUCACAGCAACCAGUUAGAACAUGGAGGCCGUUAGUUCUCUGUCGGAAUGUUGCACUUGACUGCACCUUUACAUCCCACCUACCCCUUCUCAAGCAGUACAACAUUAACAAAAGUAAACAACUUUAAUCAACCACGAGUCCCAGCUUUACACGUAGAUUCUGGAAACUUUCUUUUGGCAGGGGCUUUGUCAAGCUGUCAGCAGUCAUCUCUUUGGUGCUGCCAUAAGAUAGUUCCAUAAGUCCACUCUGAAUCAUUUCACGAAUGUAGUGGUACUUCAGCCCAAUAUGCUUAGUUCUUGGUGGAACCUCUCCCUCAGAGAUAGCUUCAUGCAACUUUGAUUAUCCUCUAGCAGCUUAACAGGGACUUUGCUCACCAACCCAAAAUCCAUAAUGAGUUGAUCCAGCCAGGCAACCUCUCUGCAUGCUUCUGUAGCUGCAACAUACUCUGCUAAAGUAAACCUUCCCACAGAACUGUAGUGCUGGAAGGAAUUUUGAGUUUCAGCAAGUCCAACCCCCUGCAAUGAAGGAAUCUCAGCUUGAUCAUACAUGGCAGAUGGCCACCUAAUAUCUUUUUAGAUUCCGUAGAAAAGCAAAGUGACCAGAGUUUGUAACACCAGUGGUACUUGUUUAAAAAUCUAAAAGUGCUCAUAGGCCUCAGAAGACAGGUCUCCUGACAAGAUGAACAUCUUCAUUUUAUUGUUUGGGGGCUAGAGAACCCCAAGUUUUCUAACCCUUCCACAGCUUUCCUCCUGUGGUCCUUGGUCCCCUGAUUGAUUUUAUAUACUUGAGUUCACUGCAACCAAAUUCCAAGGUUGUGUUGUCUCCCUCCUGCUGGGAAGUGAGUGUCUUUGUUCCCACAGCUUAAUGAAAAUAAUGAAAAUGCAGUUUCAUGUCAAACCACAAAACCGGCUUUCCGUUUGACACAAAUGAUGUGUAGCUUGGUAAAUAACUUCCGCAGAUAUGAUCAAAAUAUGCUUUGCUGUGCCAAAACCAAUAGGCGUUUUUGUGAGAUGAUGAUUAUUUGUUGCCUUUGUAUGUAUUUGAAAUAUUAUAUAAAUUUAAAAUAUUUUUUACCCCCCCUCCCAUGCAUCACAACCCAUAUCAAUCAAUCAAUCAAUCAAUCAAUCAAUCAAUCAAUCAAUCAAAGAGAGUUUUAACCAAAUGCUAUAACAAUUUCCUUACCAUCUGACAAACUGCAAAUCCCAACAUGCAGCAUACAACAAUUACACAACACAAGAUGUCAAGGGUUUAACACCAGGGAGUCGGAGUUCAAAAGUAUCGACUGCUAACUCAUCCCCAGCUAAACUUCCGUUAGACCUCAGAAUCUCCAGCACAACUUGUUGCAAUAUUGUCUAUCUCUCCCUUUGUUAUCUUUCUUGUGACCAGAGCAUAAAGCCCCAUUUUAUACGUCACAAAACAGUUAGCGUAACCCAGAAGAAAGUGAGCCGUUUCUGCCGUAGUAAACCUGCUUCCAGGAAUUAGCGAAGGUUUCAGGAAUCAGUCCCUAUGCAAAGGGCAGAUUAACGAGGAAUGUGUAAUGUCUUCCACCUUCUGUUGACCACAUAUACAGAUUCUGUCAUCAUAUGAAACCCUAUUUUAGCGGCCAUCCAAGACUUUUGUGGGUAUCAUCUGAAAUGCUCUAUUUUCAGAAAUGGGCACCAUGGUGAGAAUAUGGAUACAUCGCUGGAUCACAGUGCCAUAUCAGCAUUGACACUACAUACACAAACACACACACACCCAUUUUUUUUUUGCUGUUUUGUAACAAUGCAUGUUUGCUGAAUUGGUUCCUGUUCUGGAGAUAAUCACAAAGAAUAUGAGGGUAGUUUGUUUUUUUGUUUUUCUCCUGUUGUUUACACUUCGUUUUUUCUUUGGGCCACGCUAUACAAACCUGUCGAUUCAACUCUGCACAAACUGCCAUUGAUAGGGUUCCCAUAAGUCCCUGAGCCAGUCCUUACCCAUGUAUGAAAUAUCUCAUGCUCUCCAACCCAGUGCUGGCGAUGUCUGAGGAGUGCCUCACUCGGCAUCAAUUUGUCCUGUGAACGGCACGAAUUGGAGUGGCCCUUGCCGCCUCACUCCUGAUGCAGCCAAUUGGGAUAGCUGCCACUGGAGACAAUUCUGGAAGGGGAGGAAGCCAACAGCUGUUAGUUCCAGCCAGUCCAACAGCUUUGUUGUCUCAAGGCUGAGGACUUGUUUCUCCGAGUCAGAGGAAGUCAGGUGGAAUGUCAGUCAACUUUUCUUGUUGUCUGAAUUUGUAUGGUCUAUAUCAGUGAGGCUCCUCUCCUCUUAGUAAUUAUGGGUUGCAUCUUUAAUUUUGCCUUCACCUAUUGACACAUGCCUUUCUUUUCUCUUCCGGGUGGUCCUUGCAGGACACAGAGCGGAGCUACACCCACCUGGGGACGAUGGUGGAAUUUGCCAUGGCUCUGGCAGCCAAGCUAGACAUGAUCAACAAACACUCUUUCAACAGUUUCAAGCUUCGUGUGGGUGAGUGAGACAAGCGGGAGCUGAGAAGACUCCUCUUCAAAUACCACCUCAGUCAGAGGCGCCAACUUGUGAGGGAGGUUGGAGCAAGGGCAACAUCACGUGUGUAGCAUUGCAUGUGAUGUCACAUGCAUGACAUCAUGACGUCGUGUCAGGACAUCUGAGGAGCCAGGGGGCAGAGCCGAGCAUGGUAGCAGUAUGCCUUCAAUGGCCGGAAGUGGCUCCUCUUUCGCCUCCUUCUGCCACCUCCACCGGCCGUGGGCUGCUUUCCCCUCCUUCCCCUCUGCGGCAGGAGGAGAAGGAGUUGGCCACUGAUGCCCUGCCACACACAGCUGUGCACCUGGCCCUGAUUUUUUUUAACGUGGGGGGCCUGACCCCCCCAAAAAAAAUUUAUUGCCCCCCCCGAAAGGGUUGGACCCCAGGAAUUUGCACCCCUGACCCCAGCCACGAAUUCAGCAUGUGACAGAGACAAAUUAUUACGUUUGAUAAAGACAAACACAGUAUUAUAUAUAUAUGCAUUUAUAUAGCAUUUAAAUGCACUUAUUCUUCUCUUUGAUGAGUUGUUGUUGAUUUAUUUAUCAUUCACUCUCCGGUCCCAGAACAAUCUGCAACAAUUUACAACCAUACAAUUAGGUGUCUCCUAAAAACAUACACCUGCAAGCGUGGAAAGCCAGGGUAAAGAGGCAUGUCUUCAGCAUUCUCUGAAAGCUGUAUAAUGAAGGCUCCAGAUGCACCACUGUGGGGAGGGAGUUCCACAUCUAUGGGGCUGCCACAGAGAAUGUCCUCUCCUGGGCUGCCUUGAGGAUGGAGGAACUACCAAUGGGGUUUCCUCUGCCAAACUCAACACCUGAGAGGGUCUUCAGGGAAGGAGGCGGUCUUCCAGAUAUUUGGGCCCCCCAUCAUUUAAGGGAUUUAAACAUCAACUCUAGUACUGGGGUGAGGAACAUCUGGCUCCAAGGCCCACUUGUCCUACCAGGCCAUUUUGACCAAGCCACACCCACUUUCCUCACACCUCUGAGGUAUGUAGCAGGUAAAGUUGUGGCUGGACCAAGAAGGGUGAAUGCAGCAAAAUGAUUCAAAGUCCAGAUUAUCAGUUGACUUUUGAGGAUUCAAAGCGCCAACAAUUGUCAGUGGUUAUAGAGAACCCUGCACAGGCAAAGCCCCAACCAUCUGAUGGGAUCAGCUGUGCUAGAGGAUUCCCCAUCGGAAACCACCUUGUGCAACUGAGGGGGCUGCAGGAAACAUUCAAAGAGCUUCCUCCAGUGCUUUGAAUGCAAGCUGCUUUCUGAGAAAAGGGGAGGAGUACUAAAAUCUUUUCCCCCCCUUUCCACAGAAAGCAGUGUCCAUUCAAAGCACUUCCCCCAGGGCUUAGAAUGCAAGCUGUUCUUUUCUGCAGAAGGAAAAACGUUCUGCGUUUCGGAGCAUUUCCCUCUCUGCUGACACUUCAAACCGAUUCCUGGAACUGCUGGUCAGCUGAUCAGCAACGACAAGGAGCCUCUGUGAAGAUAUGCUCCCAGCAACAAUCAGCUCACUGGCGCAGAAAGCACAUUUCUGGCAGCAGUUGCUGCGACCACCAGUUGGCUGAUUGGCAGCUUACAGCAACCUCCUUUCAACCGUGUCAGUCACCUGACAUCAUUAUGGUAUCAGGUGACUGAAAGGUGGGCGUUUUGCUGGCCAGGUCCAGGUCCAGCUUCCUGAUCCCCGUUCUAUAAGAAACUGGCUGUGUGCACAGCACUUACUGGCUGGUGCCUAUGCUGUCACCAAGAAACCUCCCCAACCCAGCGCUGCAAAGUAAUGAAUAAACCGCUAAACCAGGGGUGGGUUUGGGGAAACUGCAGCCCUUCAGAAAAUGGAAGGGAGGCAUUCCAUACACAAUACGGAGGCUAUAAACUGUUUUGAACAUUGCUCCACAGGCCUGGUAUAACCUUCCCCCAACCAGGAGCCCUGUCUUUCUAGUUUGGGCUGAUGGGAGUUGUGAUUCAACAUGUGGAGGACCGCUACUCCCCCACUUCUGCCCAAACACCCAUAAAGCGAUCUUAAGGAUUCAAGGAGGGGAGUGUGUGGGCCUCUCCCUGAGAAGAUGGGGAAAGGGCAGGAUGAAUAGAUCAAACAGUGUUUGAUUGGCUGGCACACCUGCCUGUCAUUUCAGUUGUGAAGGCAAUGGAGGAAUGUAAAGGCAAAAAUAAAGGGACCCCUGACUUAAGUCCAGCCUUGAACGACUCUAGGGUUGCGGCGCUCAUCUCACUUUGCUGGCCAAGGGAGCCGGUGUUUGUCCGCAGACAGCUUCUGGGUCAUGUGGCCAACACGACUAAGCCACUUCUGGCAAACCAGAACAGCGCACGGAAACACUGUUUACCUUCCUGCCGGAGCAGUACCUAUUUAUCUACUUGCAUUUUGACAUGCUUUCGAAUGGCUAGGUUGGCAGGAGCUGGGACUGAGCAGCGGGAGCUCACCCUGUCACAGGGAUUUGAACCGCUGACUUUCUGAUCUGCAAGCCUUAGGCUCUGUGGUUUAGACCACAGUGCCACUCAUGUCCUAGCAGAUGGAAAACACAAAAAACCAACUGAUUACAUUUAGCCCAGAAUGACCCCCCCAGCCCUUGCUAAAUUCCUACCAGCCCCCCUUAAAAAUAAUUAAUUUAUAAUACUCGCUGACCAUAGGUAUGCAGUCUUUAAUCCACUGUAUAUCUGUGUCCCCAACCUCUAUGGUAUCUUUUUUUCAGGUAUAAACCAUGGACCGGUUGUGGCGGGCGUGAUUGGAGCCCAGAAACCCCAAUAUGAUAUUUGGGGGAACACAGUCAAUGUGGCCAGCAGGAUGGAGAGCACGGGAGUGCUGGGGAAGAUACAGGUAGGGCUUUUAAAACACAGCCUGCGGUUUCUUAUGUGGCCCCCAGCGCCACCUGAAGCUUCCCUGUGCUUCCCUUCUAUCAGUAUUCCUCACCUAUUAAAAAAAAAAGUUUCCUCUUUCUAAGUAGUUUCUGAAUGAUAGUAUUUUAUUUGGAUGGAUUGUUGGGCGGGUGGCAGCAGGGGGUGUGAGUUACUUCCUGGUUAUAUGGCUUGGGAUAAAAGAUGUUUUUCCCCUAGCUUCCUGAGAACAAACUUGUGUAGAGCACUGAAGUCAGAAAGGAAAUACAUCCAGUUGCUUUUCAGAAUAGUAGCUGGCUGUUAUCAGCCACAGCAGGUGUAACAACAACAACAACAACAACAACUAUUUAUUUAUUUAUUUAUACCCUGCCCAUCUGGCUGGGUUUCCCCAUCCACUCUGGGCGGCUCCCAACAGAAUAUUAAAAACAUGAUAAAACAUUAAACAUUAAAAUCUUCCCUAAACAGGGCUGCCUUCAGAUGUCUUCUAAAAGUCAGAUAGGUGUUCAUUUCCUUGACAACUGGUGGGAGGGUGUUCCACAGGGUGGGCGCCACUACCGAGAAGGCCCUCUGCCUGGUUCCCUAUAACCUUAUUUCUUGCAGUGAGGGAACCUCCAGAAGGCCCUUGGCGCUGUACCUCAGUGUCUGGGCAGAAUGAUGGGGGUGGAGACACUCAUUCAGAUAUACUGGGCCAAGGCCAUUUAGGGCUUUAAAGGUCAGCACCAAUACUUUGAAUUGUGCUCUGAAAUGUACUUGCCGGGUUCUGGGAGAUGGGGGGUCUGGAAUGUUCUCCAGUGAUAAUGUGUCAGCCAGCUGCUCUGUCUCUGUCUCUCCCUCUUCUUCUUCUCCUAUUAUCUCUCAACUACUCUCUUCAUCUAUGUCUGAGCUGACCUCAAACCACUGUUGUAAAUCGACACUGUCUCCCUCUUCUCUAGAAGGUUCAGGAGGGGGAGGGGGAGGCGGUCUCCACCAUUCCUCCUCCGAUGUCCACUCCCUGACACACACCUGUGUGGGAGAAAGAUUUGGCCCACCAGCAAAUAUCUGGUACCCACCCACCCCAAUGAAAUGAAACCUCCAUAUUCAAAACCGGUGUGACUUUGCAUACCAGUCACUGGGAGCCAAACAGCAGGAGAAAGGUUUGUCUUUUGGUAUAUGCACCUUGACUGAAGAGGUGUGAGGGGGCAACCCUAUGUCAUUUCAUCUCAAGCAGUAUAUGGUCUUAAACAUACCCUGGAAUAAUAACCUGUCAUGGGUUAGGAAUUAUGACAUCUACUAGUAAAGGACUACCAAUGAACAAAAUAAAAAUUAGGGGAGUAUUUUCGUUGUGACCAUUUUUACCUAACCCAACCAAGAGCAACCAAGUUUUGACUAGAUUUUUGUAUUCUCUUUAAUGGUUCCCUCCUCUCUUCUUUCCACACAGGUCACAGAAGAAACAGCCAAGGCCUUGGAGACACUGGGUUACACUUGCUCCCUUCGUGGGGUUAUAAAGGUGAAAGGAAAAGGUGAACUUCGAACAUACUUUGUCUGUACAGACACGACCCGGCCUGGCCCCCAAGCACCUAUGCUGAGCUGAGUUUCUGGGAACGAAACUGUGACAAGCACCGGAUUAUUAUUAUUUUUUUGGGGGGGGGGAUUCCCUGGAGACAGCUGCAGGUGCUUCUUCCAGCCACUUGGGGGGCAGCAGGAGGCUUGACUCUCUAGCACUGGAUUCCCCGCAAGUCUUUGUGCUCCAUGCUUGGGGUUCAUGGGCUCUCACAAACUAUGUGUGUCAUAAAUGGAGUGGCUGUCGGAGGAAGAUUGAACCCUGGGGGCUGGGGAAAGACCCCCAAGGACAUACCACACAUGUAAAACUACUGUGAGCUGGAGAAAGUUGCUCAAGUACAUUUGCCCCUUUUGAAAAACAAACAAAACCAAAACCCUACCUCUGCAAUCAAUGACCAAUACACCUCCAUGUUUUCCUGCUGUGACAAAGACAGACCUUGCUGUUGACUCACCUAGAACUCUUUAAGGGCACCUCAAAUGGCCAAGUAGGGCUUUAUCCCACUUCACAGAAGGAAGACAGCAACUCCGCAAUCAAGUUCCCAAACCUUAUUUGAGGAACCUUCAGUCCAGCUGCUUGAUCUAAACCAGUGGUCUAAGGAACACCUUCAAUCCUCCUUUAGCAAGGCUGCUAAACUAAACUAAGCUCAGCUCAGCUCCCAAGCCCAAAACAUGGUGUCCAGUCAUUUUAUGAUGGUGCUUAAUCCCCACCCAGUCUGUUAAGCAGGGGCCAAUCACAGUGUGGCUUCUUGAAACCAUGGGGUUUGGCAGGGUUGGGAGAUGUCUGAACAGGCAUGUCUUGUAUCAGCAGUGGGGAGCUUUCAUCCUAGGGGCCUAAUCAGACCCACCAGACCUCCCCAUUUGGCCUGAGAGGCUGUUUCAGCCAAGCUGGACACAGACUGGCAGAUGGCUAUCCGAACAGGCAUACCUUAAACGAACAGAGAGGGAAGUAAUUUGGGGAAACUGGGGGGAUACAGCUAGGACUAUGGUCCCACUACUGGGUUGUAGUCGUCUAUUGUAGACAAGGGGUGAGGCUGGUUGAGCCCAAGAAACCAGGUUGUCACACAAGAAACCAAUAUUUUCCCAGUUUCUUUCUAGGCCAGUUUCUCUUCUGCCCUGCCCUGCCCUCUUCCUCUCCUGAUUGUGGCAUGUGUCUUUACCCUCCUUUUCACGUGCAGGUGCUGCAGGGUUUGAAAGCGACGUCAUGCCGGGGAACAGCUUCCCCCUUUUCAUUCAAGGAAUGGAUUCUCACCCGUGGUCAGUUUUGAUUUUGUGGGAAGUGAGAGGGAAGCAUACAGUACACAGUUUAAGGCCUUAGACCUGAGACCUGGGACACAGCUGUUGCCAAAUAGCUCAGAGGGGGCCUAAUUCAGCUCUCCUCUCCGGUCACUUUACUAGUUAAUGAGUUGACACUUCAACCAUGCUUUCCACCAAAUGGGAACCCUUUAUAGUAUGCACCGCAUCUCACACAUUGCUCUAGUGUUGCACUGGAAGCAGCAUGUGUGAAUCAGGUGGGGGUACGUCUUGUCCACAGGCCAGAUUUUGCCCUUCAGGUCUCUCCAUCCAGCCCUUGGGACUUUCCUUGGGCCACGCCCCUCUGUCCAGGCCACACCCCUCACUGGUCCUGCGCCACACCUUUGACUGCUUUUGCCUGGCUGGAAUAUGCCAUUGAACUGUGAUCAGGUCUCUUGCUUCCUGGAUAGAGGAAGGAGAGAUUUGGGGGAUAAAGGGAAUUUAGAGUGCUGUAUAAGGGCAAGAGUCUCACCCAUUGCUCCACUCUCUUUUGCUCCUGGCCCUGCCCACCACUGGUAGGUGCCCCUCCAAUGAAGGUUACCCACAAAGUAACAUGCUCCUCAAGCUGCGAAACAUCCACACCCCCUGUGUGAAUCCUAUUCCCCAGGAUCUGACCAAAACCAGAAUUUCUUGCAAGUCCAAAGGCAUGGCUGAAAAUCCUCUGUGAGGUUGCAAGCAAUUGUGGGCUGGACUUCCAAAAUCCAGUGAUGACUCGCCAGGCCAUCAGGUGCCUUUUCAAGAGAUGAGCUGCUCCCUUUCUGCUUGCAAGGAGGAAGAGGUGCAAGUGGAAUCAGAGCCGACCUAUUUAAAUUCUUGCAGAAAUAAACAGCGUGGUAUAUAUUUUAUUUGUAAAUAACGGUGUCUCUUAAGUGUUUCUUUCGUUGGCUUUGUUCUGCUCUUUUAAAAGAAAAAAGAAAACACUG